AUGGAUUAUAGAUUAUUGUGGUUUGUAAAAUGUAUAAAUAAUGUAUUCGAAAUUGGUACCGAAAGUGAAACGGAAAAUCUGUUUAUGGAAACUCUGAAUAAAAACGAAGGAUUAUUGAAACGGCAAUUUAUUCAGUUUCUUGAAUCUUCGACAAUCAAUAGAAAUAUUAACACUAAUAUUUUCUACGUCUAUAUAACAACGGUAAAAAAAGUCAUCAAAGAGGAAAUUGAAGUCGAAGAAGAACGUGAGUUCCUGUAUAAUUUGUAUGUAUUGCGUGUUAUUAUUUAUAACGUUAUGGUCCGUAUCUAUGCUUAUAUACUUUGAAAAUAACAUAAAACUUUUAAUAAAAAACUAGGUAGGUAUUAAUUACCUACUAAAUCCGUGACAGACAACCAGGCUGUAGGUCAUUUGGUUUUUUACAAUAUAAAAAGGUAUUAAUGCGACUACCCCUCAUUUCGCGCAUCGUGAAAGCACCAUGAGCCAACAAAUAUCGGGUAGGUUAGGCCGGUUGUCUGCAACAUUCAAAAUUCAAAGAAAAUCAAAAGUAUAAUAUAUAAUUGCAUUAAAAAAAGUAUGGUUAAAAGUAAAGACUAGGUAAAUAAUCUAUUUCGGCUACCCACACGUGUAGUGUACCUACCUAUAGGUGGUAUUAUGUAUCUGGUCUCUAUAGAACUAUAAACAUGGUUUAACAAUAUAAUAAUUAGGGUUCAGAUGUUUAUGCACUGAAAAAUAACAAAAUAUGCACUAAAAAUGAUAAAAUAUGCAUUUUUAGAUGAAAAACACCAAAAUAUGCGCAAACAAUUUUAUUUCACCUUAAGUAUUUAACUGUCAUUAGUAAGUAGUUAUUUUUAUUUAAUAUUUUUGUAAUAUUACAUAUACAUUUACAAUAAAAGCGUUACCUACACUGUGAUACGAUAGUUUUUUUUUUUAAUUUGUUCAAAUUUUAUGCUUUUUUGCUUUAAAUAGCUCGUUAUUAAUUUAAAUUGUUUUUAAAAAAGUUCAAAAAUGUACUGAAAUAUGCAUAUAUAUUCUUAAAAUCCCAAAAUAUGCAUUUAAAAUAAAAAACCAUAACAUUUUUAGAAAUAGGCAAAAUAAAAAUAGUAUUAUAUGUUUAGUAGAACAUGAAUCAAAUUCGUAUCCAGGUUAGCAUUAAAUUGGAUAAAUAGAAAAAAAUAUUUAAUCUCAUAAACAUCCGAAAUCUAAUAAUAGUAUUUAUCUAAUACAAUUAAAGUGCAUAGUUUGUUUAGUUUUUAGGUUUUUUAGUUAGUAGACCACCGAAUUGUGGUCAUAAGCUUCUCUAUCAGAACACACUAGUUAAAAAGUGGUUAAAUAAGUGUAGUGUGUACCAGGGACUGGUAAAUUUUGGUUUUUACGGUUCCGGUACUUUAUUAUUUUAUUAAGAGGUUCUGGUUCCUGUUCAGGUUUAUGCCAAUUUUUAUUUAAGGGUUCUGGUUCCGGUUCCGGUUUUGAAAAAUUAAGAGUUUAAAUUAGGGUUCUAGUUAAAACCAGUAUUGAACGAUUCCAAAAAUACAUAUAUUUUUAUUUAUUCAUGCACGGCCUCUUGGUGGUUUAUUGGCGUUUCUCAUGUUCCCUACGUAAGGGGACAAGGCCUGCGGAUGACGAUUCGAUGCUCACCGUGAGCAACUUUUCCUUAUACAGUCCACUAUCGAUGACUCCACAACUUGACAACCUGAUGCAACUAGCUAUUCGAAUGACGGCUAAACUAGUAUGUUGAUGUAUUACAGAACCCUAAUUCGCUGCCGAAACAGUGUGUGUUUGUCAUUUAUUGACAAUAGUCGAUAAAGUAAUAAUAUAACGUUGUAACUUAUUAGUACCUAUGUCCUAUAGAUUAUUUUUAUUUUAAAUUUAAUAUACAAAAAUAAUGUUCAUAAGUCAUUACAUUACUGUCGUUACUUAUUAUGAUUUCACGAGAAAUAAAAAACUCUAAACAAAAAUAAAAUAGUUUAUUAAAGCAGUCGUAUUUUAAUCUGUGGUAUAGUAUUAUAGCCGAUAAAUUGAGUAUAAGCCACGGAGGAAAAAAAAAUGUAUCAAUGUAAAACCCGUUUUAUUAAUUUAAAACUAUGAGUUCCGGUUCCGGUUCCCAAUAUUUUUUUGGUUCGGUUUCAGUCCCUAGACUGUAUACUAACCGUACGGAAAAUUCGUGUUCGAAUCUAAAUUUUUAAUUUUGACAUUUAAACAAAUUAUAGAUUGUAGAGUUUUAUAUUAACAAUUGGUCGGAAGAGGGGAACUCAAUUUUUAAAAUAGUAUCUCAGUUUUUGAUUUUAGUUUAGUACAAAGAGAGAAAAAGGGUUAGUCACAAAAACUGACUUUUUUGAAAUAAUUUAUAAGAUUAUUUUUUUCCCGGAAAAUAAUAGUUUAUUUUAAUUAUAUAAUUUAUUGAAUUCAAUUUGUAGUUUCUGAAUUUGAAAUUCAAUCACUAAGAGAUUCUGAUAGUAAAAAAAAAAAAAAAAAACAUAACCAAGAAAAGAGGAAAAAGAAAAGACAUGUACAUACAGAAGAUACAUUAACCAGUGGCGAUUCGCCAGCAACUGAUUCUGAUAAAGAAUCAGACGAUGGAAAAUCUAGAGAUGGUUAUUCCAGUCCAGAUACAGGUAAUUAGAAAAAAAGAGUUGAUACUGCUGAUGAGUGCGACACUGGUGUAGUCGUGUAGGUCCGAAUUUGGGAAGUUAUAGAAUACAUGAAGUUAUUUAAUUUAUAUCUAUAACUUUUAAGCAACAAUAAACCAUUGAUAUUUAAUGAAAAACGAUUCUAAGCGAACUUGGUUUAUAUUUAUAUAAUUUGAAAGACCGUAAUAUUUACCAUUUUCAUUAAAAUUCGAUUUUAAAACCAUUAUGAAAAAAAAAUUACUAAAUUACACUACUUUUUUUUCGACCACUAAGUACAACUUAUAAUAAACUUCCUGAUGACUUUUCAAGCAUUUCUAUUCGGUUAAACAAUUUUAUCCAUACAGUAUCUACCAAAGAAAAACUAUCUAUGUAAAAAAAUCUAGAAAAAUAUGUAAAAUGUCGUUGAAAAAUAUUUUCAGAAUAUCUUAAAAUUUUUACUAUGUUUAGAAAAGACCAAUAUAAGUUAUCUGUCAAAUUUUCAAAUCCCAACGAAUAUUUUCAAACUGAAUUAUAGCAAAAAAAAACAAAAAUGAAAUUAAUGAAAUCAUUAUUUGUGUAAACUUUCUUGUUCUUUCUGUGUUUUUUCGGUUUUGCUCAAUUAUUAAAAAAACUGCACGGAAUAUCAAAAAAACGAAUUUCUAACUAACCAACUAGAUUUAAAUUGCAAUAAAAAAAAUUAUUUACGGUAUUUUAUUAAAGUUAAAUUUCUGAUAGAAAACAUAGUGCGUUAAAAUUAAAAACAAUAAAAUCGGUAAUGUCGCGGCUCAAGGUAAAUUUUUACCGUUUUAACUAUUAUUUUGAAAACACCUUAGAAAAUCAAAAUAUUAAUAUCUUUAUUGCACCAACCAAAUUGAAAAUUCAACAAAAAAAGGUCACUUGUCAUUUUUCGAUUGGAAUAAGUUUUAUGUUAAUAAGUUAUUUACAAAAUAAAACAUACCAUAGUAAAACCGAUACAAUAUUUCUGUUACGUUACAGAUUUAAAAAAAAUAACUAUAUAACUAUAUAAACUGUAUAUAUAUUAUAAUAUAGAUAUGUAUGUUACUGUGAUUGUCUGCAGUUGGUGAAUGCUGAUAGCCAUUAGUAAAUGUUGGUAUAUUGAUUAAAUUUGUACUAUUUGUAGUACAUUCACUAAUGAAUGUUGAUAUUUAUGUAACGAUUUUGGCGAAUGUUGUUAAUGCCGAUACUGUUUCGCGGAUAAGCCGCCACAAUAUUAAUACAGUUAUUAUUAAUCUAGACAUACCUACUACUUAGCAUCUAUAUAAUAGUAUAGGUAGUUUACAACUUGUUAAUUGUUUUAAAAAUGUUUUAUUUAAAACAAAAGUUUCUUUCGAAUAAAGUUGCGGAAACUGUCCGUUUUCGAGUCCCAGCUGUUGAUCUUAGUAAAAUGGAUUCUCAAAAUAUUUUAGCCGUAUUAUUAGAUAUAGUAGAUAAUGAUAUUUGUAAAUUACCAUUUACAAAAAUGGUGUUGUAAAUCAAUUAUAAACCAGAAAUCAGUUUUCGGUACCUGUAUGUAAAGAAAAUUUAAUACGUACUAAGGAAUCAACAAAUUUCUUUGAGGCAAGUUUCUCAGUCGAAUUCGUUUAUUAGUAGGCAAAGAUAUACGCGAUAUAAUUGCAAAACAAAGUGCACCAGAAAAAAAUGUGGUUUUAAAAAUGUUGGAAUUUUAUGUAACACAAAAUGUCAUGACAGUUUGUCAUGUUAUAUUAUAAGUAAUAAAAUAAUUAAUAAUCAAUAAUUUUUUUAUGUAAAUGUCUAAAUUUUUCAACAUUUACCAAUUUAGGAGGUGUGUGUCGACAUUAACCUGUGACUGUUAGCAUUCACCAACUGUGGACAUUCACAGUAACAUAUAUAUAUAAAUUAAAAAUAUUUAGUAAUCAUAUAUGGCAAAUUCUUGGUUGUAAAAUGAUUUCUUUUAAUGUUAAGAGUUUUCAAUCUUCCGUUUCCAAAUGCAAUUUAAAGUUAAGUUAAACAUCUUGAAAAAUAAACUUAAACUUGGUAACAAUUUCAAAAAUAAAUUAAAUUAUACAUGAAAUUAUUCAUUCAAUAAGUGUAGGUAAUCAAAAUUUUCAAUAUAACAAUGUUUUAUACACAAAAGUACACACAAUUAAGGUUUUGUCACCUUCUUCUAAUUCUAAUCUUGCAAGGCUGGUUUUAGAAAAUAAUUUAAGAGAUUGAGAGAUUUUAUUCCUUUCAAACGCUUUUCAGAUAGAAAAUCAGACUGAGGAGGUACUUUAGGGGGAUAAGUAGUUAUUUUGAUUUUUCCAGUAGUUUUCCCGAUAAAUUGGUAAAUAAGUACAAUAUUAAACAAAUCUUAAAAAGAAAAUAUAUAAUGCAUAUGUAAUUAAUUCAUUAAUUAAUAAUGCAUAUAAUUAUCAGGGCUGGAUUUUAUAGCACUUAAAAUUGCAUAAAUAUGCGCUAUAAUAUGACCAUAAAUACGGGUAAAUAUGCAAAAAAAAAUUUGAAAUUUAUUAAUCACUUACAAAUUAUUAUAGGUCACUAGGUACCUAUUAAGUUUUGAAAUCAUUUAGUCACUCUAGAUCAGAAUCCUGAAGGGCUGUAAAAAAAUAAAAAUACUUGUUUGAUGAAAAUUGCAGUCAAUAUCGAUAGAAAAACACCCCAACAAAAUCAGCAGAUAACUCGUUUAAAAUUAGAACCAAAUAAUAUGAAAUACUAGGAACGGUAUAUUUACUUUGACAAUUUGACUGACAAGAAUCUAAAGACAUGUUAACUGAAGUAUAAUUUCAUAAAAUAUGACCAAUUUUGAUUCAAAAAUAAGUAAAAAUACAAACAGUCUCAAAAAGUCGCAAAAUAUUCAAAAUUAGAGUUUUAAUUUGAAUUCUCUGUAUCAUGAAACAUAUUUUUAGCUUACUCUACUAUUUCUUAAGCAUCUCAUUAGAAAUAUGCAAAUGCUAUAAAAUCCCAACUCUAGUAAUUAUUUUACCAUAGUAUGGCAUAUACAUUUUUGACAAAGCAACACUAUAAACUGAACUCCACUCAGAAUCGUUUUUUCGUUAGCAAUGGUUUUAUCGUUACUUACAAAUGUACAUUCAAUUUUCCUUCUACUACCUUCCUAACUUCUCACCUAUAACAGUGACUGCACUCGUCCCUAUUAUCCUAUGGCGGCUUUUAUUAUUACUUUAUUAUAUGAUUAACUUUUAGCUAUACAAAUGGCUGAUGAAGAUGGAAUAAAAAAGCAUUCUGAAAAAUUUUACAAAAAAAUUAAAGUAUGUAUAAAUAUAAGUUGAUGUAAGUAUUGUAGGUGGUGUUCAAAGACAUGAAUAAAGUUGUGAAAUAAUUUUAUUGUUUUAAUAUAAAAAUGUAUUUAUCAAAAUAAGUUGGAACUGUUAACAAUAUUUAUUUUAGUUUAGACAUAACUACAUAUUAAAAUAAUUUUCUAUAAGUCUAAUUGAUUUCAAAAGCUGCUAAUAAGCUACAUUCAUAUAAAUGCAAGAUUUUCGUAACUACACCUAGACCACAAUCUAAUCUAGUUCACUUCCAAGUGUACUUAUCUAUCUUGCGUGCCUAGGUAUUGAUUGAUUUUUUAUAUAGGCAUAUUUUAAUAUAUUGCUUUAUAUAGUAUAUAGUAGAACAAAUUUUAGACAGCGUGUUUGAUUUUCUAAUAGCCUCGCAAUAGUCGCAAAGAAAAUGUAUAUAUUGUCCUUCAUAAAAGCGUAACUAGAUCUUUUAGGUUACUGCAGGGGCUUGAUUUCACUGGUAAAUCGUCCACCUUCUUGGCCAAGGCAAGGUUCGGGGAUGACCGAGACUAUUCUCUCUGAUUCCGUACAAAAACAUUAUCUCUAUGAUUCCUCCCAAACUUUGUUUUUACCUCCUAUCUAUUAAAAUUUAGACUGUCGUUCAGUCGUCUCUCCGUCAUCGCACUCGUUUCACCACCGUGGUAUUGUUAUUGUGCCAUGACGUCGUCCGUCGUUAUCGGCAAUUCAAAAAAGAGAUCAGAAAAAAAUUAAAUAACUCAAAUAUAUAAUGCAUGUAGAAAAUAUAGUUGACAUCAAUAGGUUUACACAUAACCUAUACAAAUAAUUGAAAAUAUAUUUUUUAAAAAAUUAAAACAAACUUAGUUUGUGGUGUAAUAAUUACUGGGGGAGAUCCGAAUAUGUCGUCUUAAAGUUUACCCUGACACACCGCCCCUGAUAAAAAUAAUGUACGCAAUAUUUUUUCCAUUAUUUUCGAUUUUCGUUUUUUGUUGUAAUUCAGUACUUGAGUUCAUAUGCAUACAAUUAUUUUUCUCAGAAGAAAUAAUGUUUGAAAAUUUAACACGAGGUUCAUCGUAUGUUGUACUUAUUGGUGAAUAAAAAGUUAAUCGUAGGCAUUAGUUUUUUUAAGUUUAAAUUUUUAAGAAAUUGUUAAAAUCAUUUCAAAACAUGUUCAACCGAACUUCGUUUUUUUUUUGUAAUUCAUUUAAAACUAAUCACAGGGAUCAGGAAUUCACGGAAUACAAUUUUCACUUCUUUUUAGUCGGGGUAUAAUUUUCAAAAUAUUCUGGUAACUUUUGAGCUAUUGUAGUUUUUUGAAAUUGUCUAAUUUGUUUUCGUUUUUAUUUGAAUGCUUCUCAAAAAAGUUCGAAAAUUUAAUACAAGGUUCAUAAAUAGUAAAGUUUUUUUUAUGAAAUUAUAAAAAUAAGUAAAAUCUACAACCAUAAUCUUUUUUUUUUAUAAGCGUUUAAAGUUGAAAUUUUGAUAAAAUAAUCAAAAAUCAUGACAUUAUUCGUACGUUUUUCGAUGUUUAAGAAUACAAUUUUUUGGUCCAGCUAAAGUGCUUAAAAAUUUGAUACAGAGUUCAUCAUAAAUUGUACUUAGAACUUAGAGGUUAACAGUAUUGAGUGUAAUGCAGUUUUUUUCCCCUGAAAAUAGAGACUAUUGAUGCCUAGAAUGUCUGUUAUUAAGAUUAAAGGGUGUUUUAUAAACAUAGUAAAAAUGUAUGUUUACAAAAUUAUAUUAAAAACAUUUUUUUUUUAUUAAAAUGAUUGCAUCAAGUACAAGUUAAUACUCUCCCACUUACGUAAAAAAAAUUACAUCAGAUAUAUAGGUACCACGACUUCGGCGACAGACGUUUAUACGUUCAAGGAAGCUAGUGAUGACUCACCCACAGGUAACCGCAUAAAGUUCUGUGAGUUUGUCUCGAAUUUGCUCCUUCAAUUCUGUUAUUAUUCUAGACUGAUUUUCAUACACCUGAGUUUUGAUGUGACUCUAAAGAAAGAAGUUUAGUAGUGUUAGGUCACAUGACAUGGGAGGCCAGUUUUGGUUACUGUUCCGCAAGAAAAUGCGGUAUUGAAAUUUGUGCUGCCAACAGAAUACAAACAAUUUUUUUUCAAAUUUAUCCAUUUUAAUGAAACACCUAUACUUAGAUAUUAUAUAUACCUAACCGUUAACAGUGUUUUUAUUAUUAUUUGUUAACAAUUUGUUUUCAUUUAGGUGAUUCAAGAAAAAAUCAUAACUUUACCAGAACUACAUGUUCAUUUUGGAUGUAUGAUUGGAAAUCUUAAUGCUGAUCUCAGAUAUUUAUAUUUUGUUAAAAAUACAAAUUCAAUUAUUCCAGUUUGUGAUUUAAUAGAGGAAGCAAAUUUUUAUAUGCCUAGUCAAUUUUUAAUUGGCAAUAAAUCUGGAUGUUUAGUUAACAGCAUGAUAAAAGAAUUGGAAAAUAUUUGGAUACCAGCUGUAAAAAAACUUUUAAUUGAUCCAUUUUUACAUGAUUGUACUACUACUCGUACUGAAAAAAAUAUUAUUCAAACAUUAGCAUCAACAAGUACAUCAUCAACAUUUGUACGCAUAACUCGUGAAAUCAAAGCUCAACAUGAUUACGAAAUUUGUAAAUAAUACAUAUAUAUUACUAAUUAAUAUUGUUCUAAACUUAAGUAGAUUUCAAUGUUUUCCGAACAAUACACCUACUUAUUUUAUAAUAUUAUUAGAUACCUAAAUUUUCAGCAUUUUAUUUUAGAUUCUUAUUAGAUCAUAGGAUUAUUGUACAAUAAAGUUACUUUAUUCCUAUUUAAGCUCAUUAAAACAGACAAUUGGAUGAGCAGGAAAUUAAGUCCUCCUGAAGUUCUCUUCUAAUCUGAAAUCGUUAACUUAUUUAAUGAUACAGGUAUAAAUGUGACAUUUAUGAAAUUACAAGUGAUGGACAAUAAUCUUUAUUAUAUCUAUGAUAUUGGUACUAAGAUGUAAUACUAUUAUUCUGUAAGGAUUGUUUCAGUUAUGACAAUUUGUAAUUAUUAGUAGAUAUGGACUUUUUUUCAAAUUAAUAAUAAUUUUUACAAAAUUAUCACUACUUUUUCCAUAAAUUGAUUAAAUAUUAAAAUUAAAAAGACAAAAAUAUAAAAUUUUUCUCAUUAACAAUUAGAUCAAAUGUCUCAUUGUAUCCCACUAGUGGGUUGCAAUGAGACUAUGGUCACAUAUAUAAUAUACAACAGGUAAUAAUACAAUUUAUUUUGUUAUUUUAAUUUACAUAAAACAGUAGACAAGUUGCAAGCUUUUAUUUUAAUUAUUACUUUUAAUUUUUAUUUCAAAUCAACAUUUUAAAAUAGUUUAAUUAAUUAUUAUAGUUUAUAUAAUAUAAUAUAUAAAAUAUACAAUACAUAGUUUGUAACAACAAGGCAAUAAAAUAUAAAAAUAAUGAACACUAAAAACCAAAAUCUCUCGUUAUCAGAAUUGAAUGAUCAAAUUGUUUAUUGAAAUGUUUCUUAAUCUAUAAAAACUAUAAUCUGUGAUGUAAACCACUAGGAAUAAUUUCUUAUCUAUUUACAUUGUCUCACUGUACUCCGUGUCUCAAAGGUUUUUAGUAUGAGAAACCGCUUUUUCCUACUAAAAACCUAUAAUAUUAUAAUACUACAAGUACCUAUGCUUGAACAAAUAUUUUACUCAUAGUUUAUACUUGUGGUGAAUUGUUCAUUUUAAUUAAAUUUGCGUUUAACAAAAAUCAUAAUUUUUUAUUUAUUUAUAGUCAUGGGAGAACGUCCUGAUGAUUAUGAAAAGCGAUUGGCUGUUAUUGAUUUGGAACAAAUUAUUUCACUUAGUGAAUUAUUUAUGAUUGAAUCAGUCAACAAGCAAAGUUCGAUAGAACCCUUAAAAGAGAACUUUUUAAUGGAAUUGCAAUGCUUAUUAGAUAAAUUAAAGGGGUAUGGUAUUUAUUUCAAUAAUAAAUAACAAAAACAAGAAAAAACACCGUGCCAUAUUCAUUAAAGAUAUUAUUUAAAAUAAUUAUAUGUUUUCUCUAAUAUGUGCUACACAAAUCAUAAAAUUAAAUUAAAAUUAAAAAAUAAUUUAGUGUAAUUAUUAUUUGUAAAUAAAAUUGGUAGCUAUAUAGUUGCAUUUGCGCUAUGAAUUUCUAAAUAUUUUAUAUUGAGAUAGGUGUAGAAAUUGUAUUUUAUGUAAAAUUAAUUUUAUACUAAAUGACCAAUUUAGUUUAUUAGGUACCUAUAUUGUGUUUCAGAACAAUAAAUUAUAUGCAAAAAAAACAAUCGUUGAAUGCAGCUGAAUAUUUGAAUGGCCUAACUAAAGACAAUACAGAUGAAGUCGCAUUAACUCUUGAAAAAACUCCUGCAUUGAUACUACAAUGUGUAAAUAUAAUAGAAAAUUGGAAUUUAAAAAUGAAAAAUCUCUGUUCUAGUAUUUUUGAGGUAUUUAGAAUUGUAAUUUUGUUUAUAUUAAUUUAAUAUAUUACCUGGUGUUAUAAUUAUGGCCUUUAAGUUAACAUUAAUAAAUGCAAUUCUAUCUGUUUUUAUCGUAAUAAAUUUUCAACUAGUAUUUUGGAUUACUCUGAUAAUAACUAUCUACUGAAAGUUGACUUAAUAAAAGAUCUUUGAAUUAUUUUUAGAUUCUGAAUGGAGCGAAAAAAGCUUAUGGUUUUACAAAGAUAUUUUUUUUUUUAACUGUAAACAACUUUUCUAUCAGAAGAAAUGUACCUUAAAAGAUGAAAUUAAAACGUUGAUGGAAAAAUAUGGAUAAAAUGACAAAUUAUUUAAAAUAUGCCUCUAAACGUAUAAAAUGAAAGAAAUAUGUUCUAAAAUAAAAUAAAAUCUCGAAAUAUGCAUUUAUAUGUAAAAUAGAAUUUAAAAACUAUUUAGCUUUGUGAAAACAUGAUACGUAUUUAUUUCGUACUGUACUAUUUUUGUUAAUGUAAAAAAAAAGUAUGCAAAUGUUACAAGUCCUCUGCCCUACUUAUAAGUAGGUAUUUGACAUUUUUGAUGUUUUUAAGUUUUUGUUUAGUUUUAUGCGGAUAUAAUUGUUUUAACUAUGCAGAAAUAUUUUUUAAAAUUUUACUUGAGGUUCAUCAUUAUAAAAACAAAUUCACUGUGGUGAAAACAAAAUUAAUUGUGUUAUGAAUGUAUUAGUUUUUUUUUAUACACGUUUAAAAUUUAAAUUUUAACCAAAAUUGUAAUAAUAUGUUAAAUAUUUAACUGAACUUCACUCAGAAUCUUUUUUUUAGAAAUAGUUUACCGUUUAUCACAGAUAGAAUUGGACAAUUUUAUUGUAUCGUUCCUUCUGUAACUUCUCGUCUACAAUAGUGGUACAUCCAUCAGUAGUAUCAGUUAUUUUUAAUUAGAUAUGUUUUUAAUAUUAUUUUCCUUUUUAUAAAUUGUGAACUCAUGGGCCUUCACAAAUCUGUUCAAUGAGGCCCAUUAUCUUUUUAAAAAAAUAAACAAUAAUAAUGUAUUAUUUUGAUUGUUUAUUAUUAGCUAUUUAAGUAUUAUUAUUAUGAUUAUUUAAAAUUAAUAGUUUAGAGAACGAGACACUAUUCAUUCAGAGUUCACAUUUUGGAGUAAUAGUGAAGCAUCAGUUCGAUCAAUUAUGGAUGAACUUGAAUCUGAUAAUACAAAAUUGUUUCUUGCUGUUAUAGAAAAAACUUCAAUCACUAUUGGAACAAUUAAAAAUAUUUUUGAUGAAUUUAAAAUUGUAAAAUCACAAUUUAUUUGUUCUUGUGGAUUAGCAAAAGACAAUUUAAAAUAUAUUUCACUUAUCAUGGAACAUUAUAAGGUAUUUAUGUUAACAAAAUGUAAUAUGCCUAUUAUUUUUUGUCCGUCAUUGUUGUAGAUUCUGAAUAGAGUUUGUUUUAUUUUAUAAUUUACAAUUUACAAAACAUGCACAUAAAUUAUAGAAAUUAUAGAAAUAUAUGAAAAAAUACAUAUUUUUUCUUAUUUUAGUUUAAACUGUUUUCAGGUUUAAUAUAUAAUUAAUUAUAUACAAAAUGUAAUAUAUUUAAUAAUUUUUAAUUGACUAUUUGAAUAUUAGGUAAAUUACAAUAAUUACAUACAUUUAAUUUAGGAUUUUAUAUCUGCGGAUUUUAAUACAAUAAUUAAAAUGAUACCUAUUUGGUUUGAUGAUUUAAGAACAGUAUGGGUUUUAUCAUCAUAUUUUGGUAAAGAUGUAAAUAUGUUACGAUUACUUUUACAAAUUUCAAAUGGUCUAUGUGAAAAUGUUGGACGAAAUUUAGGUGACUUGAAAUUAAUUUUUAAGUAAGUAUCUAUAAUAUUAAUUUAAAUUUAAUAUAGAUUUGAUUUUUAAACUGAAAUUAAUUUAUAGCAUUUUCGUCUAAAUAGUAGGUAAUUUAAAUUUUUAAAUUAUUUUAGAUGAUGAAUGAUGAAAUAUGGUUUAAUUGUAUAACUAUAUAUUUGCACUAUCUAAAUUAUAUUUAAUUAGAAAUAUGGUUUAAUAUAUGCUUUUAAAUAAUUAAUUCAUGUUUAAUAACAUUUUAGAAAUAAAAAUAUUAAAGAAAUAUCAGAAAUGUCUUUCAAUGCUACAAAAAUGUUGGAUGUCUGGUCAGAAGGAUAUUUAGAAAUUAGAAAAUCGAUUGAAAAAUCAAAAUUUCAAAGAUGGGAAUUUGAUAAAUGUAUUCUGUUCAAUAAAAUAGAGUACAUUAAACGUAUAGCAAAAGAUAUUCAUGAAAUAGUUGCAGUAAGUAUUUUGUUAACUGUGUUAACUUAUUUUAUUAUUAAAAGUACCUAAGAAUGAAAAUAAAUCGAACAUUUUGAAUUAAUAGUAGGUAUGUAAUAUUUGUUUCCUAUUUUAUGCACUGGAAUACUUUAUAAUUGUAUUUAUUUAAUAAAAUUCGUGAUUUUAUUUUUAAACAAGGAUUUAUUUAAUGCGUCCAUUGUCUGUGUAUAAAAUUAACAUAACAUCUUUCUCAAACAAUUUGUAAAAAAAAAAAUGAUUUUACUAAAUAACCCAUGCUAUAUUUGUUCGAUUUACUAGACUAAUGUGUAGCUAUAUUAGUUUUUAUUUAAUUUAGACAAUCAAUCAAUUUUUGAGUAUUUUGGGUCCAGAAUUGAGAUCAAUCAUUAAAGAUAUGAUUGGUUUAGAUGUUAUGAUAAGUAGAGUUAAAUCUCUGUAUAAAGUUUUCGAUGCAAUCGAUUUUGAUUUAUUUUGUGAAGAUAAUAUAGAAAACUGGAAUUUAUUUCUUAAGGAAUUUAAAUUGGAAGUAUUAAGAGUUGAAGAAGAAUGUAAAAUUUUUAUUGACUGGUGUUUUAAUAAUUUAAGGUAAGUAAUAAAAAUAAUAAAAAUACAAAGUAGUCAUGAAAGUGUAGUGUGAAUAUUAUAUCAUUUUUUUACUCUACACACUGCCAAUAACUCCAUAUUUAUGUAUUAAUUAUAUUAAAAUUAAUAAUAUUAAUUAAUUAUUGUGUAUUAAUUAAAUAACAGCAAUCACUAAAUUAUAGGUAACUUUUUUUUCUUUCUAAAAACAAAUUUAAAUUUUUUAAUUCUGAGCAUAGCGAGAAAUGUAUUAGUUUUAUUAUGAUGUGUUAUACUUCUUCUGUCUGCAAACAACUUUUCUAUUAGAAAUUUUGCUCCGAUUAUCAAAAUUAGAAUAGUUUCUGUUAGUCAAUUUAAUUUUGUAUAGUUAAUGUAUUAAUGUUGUCAUUUUUGAUUUUCCUUAUAGUUUUCUUAAUAAUAAGGAACUCGUUCCUUUGAUUUUGUUCGCUUUUCAGGAAUUUAUUGGACAUGGAUUUAAAAUGGGACGUAUUGGAAUUUCGUUAAUUAUUUGCUGGAACAUGAAAAAUGUGUAUAAAUUACUACUGUAUAUUUUAAUCUAAUUUAAGAAAUUUGAAAUAUAAUAUUUUAUUUUUUUAGAAUUUUAUUUAUAAAGAAGUUUUUAUAAUUUUUUAUUUGAAGUUUUAUUAGAUCAUGAUCAUUAACUUUUUCAAAUCAAAUAAUUACAUUUUUUCUUGAAAUUUAUGAACAAUGUAUACUUAUUAGAAAAAAAAAAACAAUUAUAUAAACCGUUUAUUAUAAGAUAUUUUUAAAUAAUAUUUUGAGAAUUUUGAGAAUAUUUGGAUAUAUGAGUUAUUUAAAUUUUAAUACAAUUAUAACAUUUACAAAAUUUAAAAUGAAAAUGACUGACAUACUUUGCAUUAUGGAUGGGCCAUUGUUGGAAGGUCAAAAGUUGAAACGGUAGGAUAAAGAGGGGAAUUUAAUGGAUAUAAUCUUCAUGCAAUGUUUGAUUAUUGCUAACUAAAAACGAUUCUGAUCAGAGUUCGGUUAUACAUGUUUUAACAGGUAGUAAUAUUUACGAUUUUUGUAAAAAUUUAAAAUUCAAAUUCUAUACUCAACUUUUUUUUUGUUGAACACUAAAUACAACUUACUUAUAAUGAACCUGUUCAAUUUUCAGGCAUUUCUGUUUGGUCAAACAAUUUUAUCCACAAAGUACUUGCCGAGUAAAAAACUUAUAAAAUAAAAAUAUUGAUAAAUAGCUCAAAAAUGAACCAAAUUUUUUCAAAUUUAACCACAUAUAUUAAAGGAAAAUAUACGUUUUUUCUCCAAAUUCCAAGUUUCCACACACAUUUUGAACUAAAUUAUACCUAAAAAAACAAAAUUGAAAAUAAAAACAUUUUUUUUUUUGUAAAUUUUCCAGUUUUUGAUACGAUUUUUCUUAAUUAUUAAGAAAAUUGGUAGGAGAAUCAAAAUAUGACCGCCCUAAAGUACCAACUAGAUAUAAUUUCCUUCAGAACAGAUGCUAAACUUUAUAUAUCGAGACAAAAUUUCCGGUAGCAUUAAAAAAAAAAAAAACAUCAUUAUAAAACCAAUACAUUCCUCAUUCUGCUCAGAAUCCAAAAUUUAUUGUGUUUGCAUAAAGAUCGUGCAAAGAAGCAUACUUCAUUUUGAAAAGGCUUCAACAAUUUACUUCAAGGCCUGUUUUUAAAGAGCAACUUAAAACCAAAUAUGAAGCUAUUUUGAGACAGUAUGAAAAUGAACUAACUACAAUUGAAACACUGUUUUUGGUAAGUAUAUAUAAAAAAUAAAUUAUUUUCCAAUUGUAUUAUUUUAAUCUUAAUUAAUACAAAAAAAAUUAUUUUAUAACAAAUUUUUGUAUUAAAUGUUAAUCUAGACACAUCAAAAUAAUCCUCCAGUUUCUCGACAUCAUCCUCCUGUGUCUGGAUCUAUAUUUUGGGUGCGAAUGUUGUUUGAUAAAAUUAAAGAACCAAUAACUAUAUUUCAAUCAGCUAAUGAAUUUAAUAACAUGCCUUUAAAAUUUACGGUAAAGUGCAAAAUUAUAAAUUUAAAAAAAAAUAACCAUGAUUAUAAAAUGUUGAAUUUGUGUAGGUUGUAGAAAUGUUUAAAAGUAUUGGCGAUCAAAUGAAACAAUAUGAACAAUUAAAAUUAAUGAAUUGGACAAAUACGGCAAAACUAUUAGCUAUUUACCAAAUGAAUAGUAAUAUACUUGCCUGUAUUAAAAUUAAUGAUGAUUUAAGUAAGUGAAAUUUGUUAGAAAUAUAAUUAAAACACAAUUAAUAAAAUAAACUUAAAAACAAAAUAACACAUUUUAAAUAGAAUUUUAUUAUAAUAACUCUGUAGAUAUACUGCAUUACAUCAUACAAGGGGUACAAUUAACUUAGAAGGUUAGGGCCAUAUAAAAACAAAAAAGUAAAAUUAACCUUAAAGAAUAAUUAUCAGUUGUACCAUAUUACAACAUUCUCCCAUGUUCAUGCUUAUAAUUUGUACUUAGGUUUCUUCUGUAAAUGGUAGUGUAAGUCUCAUAUUGUCCCUUGAUGUAAUUCAGCUCAAUUAUUUUUGCUGCAAUCUGUUCUUAUAUGAAGUGAUAUAUUUUAAUGUCUAUGUGUUUUGUGCGUUUUGAAUGUUCAAAUUUGUUGACUAGUUUGAUGCAUCCCUGGUUGUCUUCAUAUAUGGUUUUGGGUUGACUUGUGGUAAUGUUAAAGGAAAUUAGUAUCUAUUUGACCCAUAUUGCUUCUUUGGUUGCUUCUGCUAGACAUAUAUUCUGAUUAGGUGGAAGACAGUGUAACACAACAACACAAUGUUGUUUUCUUGUUGUUCAUGACACUGUGCAAUUGAGUACUCUGAAAAUGUAUCCACUUAUGGAUUUCUUGUCACUUGUAUCAUUGGCCCAGCUUGUAUCUGCAUACCCAAUUUCCUGUUUCUUGAUUAUUGUUGCACUUGUUGUAUUUGAUGCCCCAGUAACCACAUACGGAUCAAGUCCAUGGCCGCCACCGGGGCUUUCGUUCGGAACUGAGCGAGGUUGGAACCCACUUGACUUACUUUUCAUAAUCCGUUAAGAGUUUGACAUGUCUCGAUACCCAGAGACGGACAAACAGGCGGCGAAGCUCACUCGGAUGCCUCCAGGAUAUCUACCCAUUCGUCAUUGAUAACACAAUCCCCGUCACCAUGGGUAAGUGGUAAAGCUGAGAACAUCCCGCUAAACGACUGGAAAUAACGGCCCUAAUAGUCAGCGCGUGAAAAGAUCGCCGACUGAUAAGGCGGAGAUAGAUGCACGUGGUCUCUGGAAACAACCUCGGUGGGGGAGUUACGGUACUCGUCAGUCGUCGCUACAUACGAAUAACGCACGAAAAAUCGUGCAUUAUAUUUGACGAUAUAGUUCUGAACGACGCGAAUUCUAACUAAUAUCUAACGCCACGUAUAUGACUGGUGGGCCGUGAAAUAUUUUCGGUUAUUUAGUUAUAAAAUAAUCGACCAUAUGAUUAAUCAUUGUCGAUAAAGUCUAAUGUUAGAUAACUGUUAUUUAAUAAUAAUAAAAUUGUUAUUACAUGGAACAGCAGCAAUGACUGGUGGAAUAUUAGGGUUCAAAGCAGAAGUGAUGAAAGUCAGUCCUGAUAUAAGAUUAAGAUUUGUGCAUUACAUUAUACAUAGAUAACAUUUAACUUUUCGAAAAAUUGGCUGCGAACUGAAUUUAAUUAUGAAUGACGCAGUAUCAAUGGUAAAUUUUGUGAAGACCCAUGAUCUUAAUUCGCGGCUUUUUAGGAUUUUUUGUGAAGAUAUGGGGUCCAACCAUAAUACAUUACAAUUCCAUACUGACGUUUGUUGGCUAUCGCGCCGUUGGAAGGUCUCCGAUAUAUUAACUCGUGUUUUAUAAAACAAACGAUUAUCGCGCGAUAUUUAUUUAAAAUCGCAUUGCGUCGCGUCGUCCUAGUCGCAUUAGGGUCUAGUGUGACGAGGGCUUAGUGUUCUCGUUUUGGUAUCCAAACAAUAAAAAUCGAUACCCACAAUUUGUAACACCACAAACAGUAAUGUGUGGGCAUCAACAUUACUACGAUUUAAAUAGUUGAAUAGUGAUACGCUAUGUUUCCCUACUUAAAAUUAAAAAUGGAAUAUCUCGUUGACAUGUUAAUGAAAAUCAAAAAUUUUAAUACCAAAAUGCAUUUAAACUAAUACUCCGUCUAUUUAUAGAAUUUUUAAUAUAGAAUAAUAUAGAAAAUGCUUGCGUUUCAUUGAUUUUCUCUUAAAUAUAAUAAACUUCAUUAUUUUUGAUUUUUAAAUUUAUUUUUCGUAGAAAACUUAUUCCAAAUUUCAAUAGUAGCAUCAUAUUCGUUUUUUAAUUCUUUGUAAAACGUAGGAAGGAUCUUAAAAGUUUGUAGCAAUUGGAAUAACGGUUUCAUUAUUUUAGAUUUAAUUUGUUUUGUCGUAAUUCGGGUGAAAUUAAUCGUAGAGCUCUAAAAUGUUCACAAAAUACUUAUAAUGAUAUUUUCUAGACGUAGAAAAAAUGUUCAAAAUAUAUUUUAGUUAUUUAUAGGUGUUUAACAUUUUUAAUUUUUUUUUAGUUUUUAUUUAGUUUAAUGUGGAUAUAGUUAUUUUAGCGGAACGAAAAUGUAUUUACUGUCAGUAAAAAAGUUUAACAUAUAUUAGUAGUUUUUUUAUAAGCGUUUUUAUGAAAAUUGUAAAAAUUCCGACUUAAAAUAUAUUUCAUCAGUAAAGAUUUAUUGUUGGGUACAGAUAUAAAUUAAAUAACUCUGUAAAUAUACCUGCCUUCUCAAUUUCUCACUUACAAAAGUAGUACACCUAUACCUAUUAGCAGUCGAUCUGUUUUUUUAUUAAUUUGGUUCUCACGGCAACCAUUUAAUUGAAUUCCAAUCAAAAUCAUUUUUUGUGUCCAAUAAUUAUCUUUGUUUUUUGUACUUUAGCUCAAUUAUUAAUAAUAAUAGUAAUAUUACCAUAUAUUCCUAUCUUCCCAACUUGUAACUCUUUAAUUUGUAUACUAUUAUAGUUUUCAUAUUUUUAUUUAUUUAUAAAAUAUUAUAAUUAUGUAUUUACUAAUUGAAUAUUUUUACUUUAUUACUUUAUUUUAUAAAACUUUAGUUUAACAACUUAUUAAUUUUCAAUAUUUUUUGUAAUUUUUAAACCUGCAGGAAAAUCUCAAAUUAACACACCAAAAAUCGAAGAUUUAAAAGAUUGGAACAAAUGUGUCGGAAGAUCAAAUAAAAUACUAUUAGAUCAUCAAUUGAUGUUCAAAAUCAAUUUUAAUGUAAAAAUAUUUAAUUUUUUAAGUCUUAAAUUAUAAUUUUUUCACUUAUUUUUUUAGUUCCUAAUUAUAUUCACUUAUUAUUAUAAUAGGAUCAAGUUUAUGAAUUAAUAGAAGAAGCCGAAAUGAUGGAAAAUUUGGGAAUUAUUUUUUCAGAAGAGAUACAAAUGUUAUUAGCUAAGAAAAAUAGUUUACUAGAUGAUAUAAUGAGAGUAAAUAAUAUGGUCAAUACAUACAAUUCAUUUGUUCUAUCUAUGAGUAAUCUAGAAGUAAGUAAAACAAAUUAUAUAUUAUUAUGAGAAUACAAUGAGAAUAAUGUUAGAUUCAAGCAGACGGAGGAAAUUAUUAUCGUUUUAGUUUAUUACUUAUUUGCAGUGACGAAGCUGCCUAUGCUACAAUGCGAUUUCGUCUACCAGACGUUUUUUAAACUGACAUUAUGUAUUGUAUAAUACAUCUUUGGUGCAAUAGAAGAAAGACUUAAGUCGAUUUAUAAAAAAAAUUUUAAAUUAUUGAUAAUUAUGGCAUGUACCCAAUCUUGUUAAGUAUUCAAGUAUUUGCGGGUAUAUACUUCAAUAUUUUUUUGAUAUUUUAAACACUAUAGAAAUAAUUUUUAACUAAUGUAUUUUUUGAAUACAGAAUACUUAUUCCGGAAUAUAAAAUACUUUUGUAGGCAUAUCAAAUGUAUAGGAUAAAACAAUAUUUUGAAUUAUUUUCAAAAUUAAUUUCAAAAUCGAAAUUUAAUUAAAUUUAAAAAUUUAUUCUGAAUAAGAUUGAAAAGUAUUUUUAUCAAAAGUGUAGAUAACUACUUACUAUUAAAGUAUAAUUAUGGAAAAAAAUUUCAUGCAAAAAUUAUAAAAAAAAAUGCAAUAAAUUUACUUUAACCUUCAGAUCAAAGAUAUAUAAUAUACGUUUCAUAUGUAUCGUUACGGUUGCUUUAUAAACAAUAUAAAUAAAAACAAUAAACAAAUAUAUGCAUAUGGCAGCUUAUGGGCUACGGAGCGAUGAUUUUAAACACUCAAACCCAGAUAAUGACUGCUAAAACGAUGACGAUGCGUCCAGUAUCUCAUAUUAGUAGGUGACCGUUUAAAGUGGAGGUGGGGUAGUACAUGCAUGUAAAGAGACAUGUUUCUCUUUGAAUUGUAGGUUUAUUUUAGACUGAUAAUAAUUUAAUCUUUUGACGACUAUUUUUUUGUUUAUUCAAUUACUUAACUAUGGAAAAAAAAAUUGACCUACCCAAUUUUAAAAUCUAAGCUUUGUCAUUCUGCUUUUAUUGUAUCUAUUUAUUUAUUUACCUAGAUCUCUGUCUAUUUUUUUUAGCUUACAAUAUUAAAACACAAAUUGAAAGACAUUGAAGAUUAUUUUUAUACCGGUCUUUGCCGUUAUAAUUGGCUUUCAAUUAGUAUAGACACAUUUACAAAUAAUGGUUUAAUUCUCAUAAAUAAAACGAAAAAUCUGUUUAAUAAUCUUAAAAUAGUAAGUGUUGGUAUUAAUAUUAAGUUAAAAUAAAAUUUUUUUGUGUACCUGUUGUUCUUUUUAGGUGGAAAUACAUAUAUCUCAGUUUAUAACAUCGUUUGAAAAUGUGAAUUUAUUUCCUUUCAAUAUUUUAAUUGAUAACGAUUCAAUGUUAAUGGUAAAUAUUUAAUUUCUUGACUAUACGUUACUAGUAUAGUAAAAUAAUACACUAUUAUUGUAUUGCGACGAGUCAUAUUUUGAUAAAUAUCAUAUUUUAAAAAAAUAACUUGAUAAUUUAAUAAAACGCUGUCACUGUCAUGAGUCGUUUUGAAAUUAUUGAAACUUUAAUUUUUAUUCAAAGUAAAUGUUUAUUUAUGUUAGUUUUUAAGAUUUAAACCAUUGGCAAUACCAUACUUAUCUCUACUUCUUUAACUAUUGACGAUAUUCUGUUCUCCAUAAGAUCAAACAUAAGGAAUCUAAACUAAACUACAAUUUGUUCAAAUCGUUUUUAUUACCUAGAAUACAGAUACCUAUUAUUUCUAAAUUGUACAUUUGUAGUUUAAAUAUUACAUAUUAUUUACAUCUUAUGAAUAAUUUAGCAUUAGUUAUAUUUCAGUAUGCAAUAACAAAUAAUAAAUAAUUUAAAAUGUUUGAAAAAAUAGCUACACUAUUUAUUUUGGAACUUUUAGAUAAAAAUAUUUAUUUUGUUAAAUUUGAAUGCGUAUUCCCAAAAGUCUAUUAGUGAUUUUGUUUUCUAUAGACGGUGAUAGUUGACAAUAUAUAUUAAUAUUAAGGUAAUAAGUACCUAUAUUAAUUAAUGGAGAAUAUGUAUUUAUUUUGUUUAGAAAUACAAAAGUUUACCUUUAAUUUAUGAACGUUAUGGGUUUAAAGAAUUUCGGCAUAUCAUUAACAACUAUCAAGCCAUUUCUAAAUAUUUAGUACACUUGGAGUUUUAUUUGUUUGGUUCAAUGAGUGGUACUUGCACGCCUAUGAUAGGAUUAUAUUUAAAUUAUAAAAAUAUGAUACUAAAUUGUAUAUUAAAGUGAGUUUUUAACAUUCAUAAAAUGAAACAAUCAAAUUAAUAUUUACUAUAAUAUUGUAUUAAUUAAUCUUUUUUUUAUUAAAGAAUGUACUUAAACAAUUUAGAUUUGUAUAAUAAAGCUUUACUAAGUGACGGUUCACUUAUCAAACUCACCGUAAACAUAACUAAUAAAGAAGUCACAAUAGUUCCAAAUAUGUAUGUAACAUAUAAUAAUAUUAUAAAAAAUGUAUCAAAAUGUUUGAUUUGGUCAAAGUAUUUGACUGUUUGGCAAACAGAAUCGUGUAUACAAUGUCUGACUGUAGAAAAUACAUGGGAAACUGAUUAUCACAGAACUACGUUAUACGGAGAAAUAAUAAAUAAUAAUGAUAUCCGAGAAAAAAUUGAAAUUAUUCGGGAAAGCUCUCAUAGUCUAAUGAUUGAAGUGAAUAAAUAUUUAAAAAGGUACCUGUGUUCUAUUAAUAAAUUAAAUUUAUAAAUAAUUUUCUUUAUAAAUACUAUAUAGAGUAAAUUAAAUUAUUAAUCAAAGUAAUAAAUGAUAACUAGUUAGUUAAUUAUUUGAUUAUAUUACAUAUUGCCAGUUCAAUGGGACCUAAUGACGUGACUCAUAAUUUGAUGGUUGAGUAUUCAUAAUUUAACAUCAUCCUUAAUUAAUUAAUUUUUUUUUUUAUUCGGACCGUAGCGAGAGAUCUAUUUGUUUUACUAAGGUCUAUAAAAUGUGUUUUUGUUUUGUGAGCAACUUUUCUACCAAAAAUCUUGUUCCAAUAUAUUAAGUGUAACAUUUUUUUAAAAGGAAAUUAUAUGUAGUUGAUAUAUUGAGGAUGUUAACUUUUAAAUUUUUGAGAGGUUUUAUUAAUAAUCUGAAAAACCGAAAAAAAAAUGUAGACAAAAUGGUAAAUAUUCACAAAGCGCCACGGCGUUACUGAUUUCCUUGUUUUUAAUUUUUGGGAAUUAUUAUAUUUUUUAUAAUAUAACAUAUAUUUAAUAAUAUUUUUUUUAUUGUUUAUUGCUUUAAUUAAAUAAUGUUUAGAAACCUUUUUUGUUGAAUUUUGAAUCUAACUGCUCACAAAAUAAGUUGUUUUUUGAUUUUCCAAGUAGUUUUAAUAAUAAUUUGAUAAAACCAGAAAAAGACGAAAAAUAAAUUUGAAAAUGUCUUCAGAUUUAUUGUGAACAAAAUUGUCGCGUACCUUUACCACUUAAAAAUUGGACAGAGAUACUUUGGCACGUUUCUUAGUGUGUUUUCAAUAGUGUUUUUUUGUAUCUUUGAUGUAGAUAUUUUGGUUGAACGAUGUAAUAUGUGACUCCUAAUGUAGCCUUCCUUAUUAAAAUUGUAUAGUAAUGGAUGCAGCAUUAUUUUUUUAGUCAAAAAUAAAAUACAUAUUAACUUCAUAUUAAGUCCAAAAAACAAUUACAAAAUAAAACGGUUUGUAGGCCGUAUACAAGAUUUUAUAAUUAAUAUAAUAUAAGUACCAAAUAUUUGAACGAAAAUGUUUUAAUUCGUUUAGGUGGAAACGUUUUCAAUUUUUAUGGAAUGAGUCACAAAUAAAAAAAGGAGAGGGUUUAACUACAGAUACAUCUAUUCAAGAUUAUGAAAAUAUUUUUAAUGACUUAAAACGACUUUUAUUGUUUUUUUCAAAUAUGGCAUUGCACAAAAAAAUACACUGUGUCAAGUAUGUAUACUUAUUUUACUUUCCAUGCAUUAUAUUAUUUCAAUGCUAUUACCAUAGGUAGAUUUGAUUUAAUUUGUAAUAGAUUAAAAAAAAAAUACGAAUAAGACAAAUUAUAACUAAAAUAAUUUAAAAGAUUUUUCAAUAUUUAUAUUGAUGUAUGGUAAUAAAAAUAUUUUAGUUCAUAUAAUUGUCAAUUUCUAUUAAUAAUUAUUACAUUAGUUUUCGUUCAAACCGAUAGCAAGGAUCUGUUUGCAUAAUGUUUCCCCACUGCUGCCAUCGUUUAUUAUACUUUACAAUAUUAAUAUUUACAAUUACAAUUCAUGUUUUCUUCUUCAUAAAGCAGGCUCAUAUUAUUGAAAAUUAAGAAUAUAAACUUAGUACAAUGUGCGGGCUGGCCACCCAAAACAUCCUUUUGCAUAUAGAUAACUUAAAUUAACUUAUCCCUAUAUCGAUGAUUUAUAAUCUCCGUCGAUCCACCAGCCCCCCAAUUUCUUAUUGAUUUUUGUAUUCUGGAAAAUAAAUAUUUUCAUCAUUCGGGAAAUACUAAAUAGUUUAUGUGGUCAAAAAUAAUUUGUAAAACUAACUUUUUAUUAUUAAUUAUUUAUAUCAAUUUAUUUUUGAUUUAGGUUAGAUCUUAGUUCAAUAAUAAACCAAAUGAAACUAUAUACAAGGGAAUUGAUUUUAUCUUGUGCAGAUCAACUAAUAAAAUCAACGAGGCAUAUGAUGCAUCUCCAAGAAGAUAUAUUUAAUGUAAGUAUAAUGAAAAUAUUUAAUGUAAAGUAUGUAAUUUAUAAUAUAUAAAUUAGGUAUUAAAGGAUAUUGAGCUGAAAGUAAAUAAUCAAAUUCAUUGUUAAAUCCUUCAUAUAUAUUGUUUGUUUUAUCCCAGCAUAUUUUGUUUACAUACUAAAUUAUUGUAUUAAUAUUAAAUUGAUUAAGUUAAAAUAAUAAUAUUAGUUUGACUCAUAAUAAAAUACACAGUGUACCUGUACAACUAAUGUUUUUUAAAUGUAAAUUACAGACCUUUAGAAUAUUGAUGGACAAAGAAAUUAAAAAUAGUGAUGACUUUUAUAAUUGCCUCUAUAAAAUAGAAGAACUAAGAACAGAAAAAGUGAAUGUUGAGAUAUUCUUUCAAAAUUUAAACCAUCGUAUUUAUGUUUUGGAAGAAGCAGAAGUUACAAUGCCACUUGAAGAUUUAAAAUUAAUUUCAUACAUACAGGAUGACUGGAUAAUGUUACAACAAAUGGCUUCAAAAAAGAAAUUAUAUUUAGAAAAAGCUAAAGCUAUUUGGUCACAUACAGUUAAAAUAAACAUACAUUUGUUUUCGGAUAUAAUAAAUACAUUUUUGGACAAUUACAACCAAUGUGGUUUAAAGAAAAUUAAAGAUGAUUUAGAUUUAGGGCUUAUUUUAAUGAAUGUUCGUAUAAAAAAUGUACUAUUAUUUAUUGUUGUUUGUUAUUUUAAUUACUUUUCUACUAUGAUCAAUAUUUUAGGAAUAUAACACUAGUUUUACUGAUUUAAUGCAAAAAAAAGAAAAACUAGUUAGAGAAGAAAAACUAUUCAAUUUAAAACUAUUAAAUACCAAUACAUUUGACAAAUACUACUCCGAAUUCCAAAAUAUGAAACUGGUAUACUUAUUGUAUGAUAAACAAAAAUCCGACAUUGAAAAUUGGUCAAAAAUACCAUGGUCUGAGAUUAAAAUAGAAUUUGUUCGUGAAGUAUUUGGUGCCCUUAUGUUGAAGUUUAAAAGACUACCCUUUCUAGCUCAAAGUACACAUCCAGCUAAAAUUUUGGUAAACUAUUUAAAAGAAUUGAGACAUGGAAUACCCAUUUUACUACAGUUAAAAAAUAAUGCAUUGAAACCUAGACACUGGAAAGAAAUGUUGGAUGUUAUUGGUAAGUAAUUUGUAAACUUAACAAUUUUGUUUUACUUAUUUUUUCAUUUAAAUUUUUGAAGGAAAAGGGUUGAGGAUAAGUGAAACAGAGUAUUAUAGUAUACUCUAUGAUUAUGAGUUUGGAGGAUGAUGAUAAGUGGUUGAUAAGACAAGACAUGUAAUGGAAAUAAGUAUAAGUAAUAUAAAAUUACCUAAUAGGCGAAUUUGAGAGUUUAAAAUGUAUAGAAUUUUUUGUAUAAAAGAAUGAUGAUUUUGGCGAGGAUGUAAAACAUAGGAGUGUAUAAAAAGUGUGUUUGGAACAAGUUGCUAGAAGUGUCAGAUGUUACCUACCUUAUGUUACAAGAAAAUGGAAUAGAGAAUGAGUGUAAUUUAAAAUAAAGAAUUUUACUCGUUUGUUAUAUCCAAAAUAGAUAUUUAUAACAUUAUAAAUGAAUUAGUACUAAAUAACAAAUAUUAGAAUACAUAUUUUUACACCAAUAUUUAUUUUUAAUUUAUAAUUUGCAUAGGUGUACAGUUUAAUUCCGAUAAAGACAUUUUAUCCUUUGGUACAGUAUUAAAGAUGCGAGCGGUAAAACAUAAACAUAUUAUACAAAAUGUUUUAACUAAAGCUAUUGAUGAAUACAAUAUUGAACAAAAAUUAAGAGAAAUAAAUGAAGUAUGAAUAAAAUAGGAUUUUUAUUGAAAUAAUGAUAUUUUUAUUUUAUCUUUUAUGUUUUAAUAUAAUGUUACAGCGUUGGAACACAAUGCGAUUAAAUAUAGAAAAAUAUUCAAAUAUUAUAUUACAAGUUGAACAUAAACUGUGUGGAGUUCAUGAUGUGUUACAAAUAUUGGAAGAUGAUCAAAUUACUAUGCAUAAAAUGAUGAACUCACAGUAAUAAAAAAAACAAAACAAAAAAAAGCCUAAAUUAAUUUUUAUUUAAAACUUGUAAUAAUACAUAGUUAUAAUCAUUAAUGUUUUAGUUCAGUUGAACCAUUUUUAAUAGAAGUUGAAACAUGGCAGAAAAAUUUGUCUAUUGUGAAUGAAGUUUUAAAUAAGUGGUGGUUUGUACAGCAAAAAUGGUUUCAUCUUGCUCAAAUUUUUGGUAGAAAUGACUUUUCAUAUAUUUUACCCAAGAAAAUUAAGAAAUUAAAUGAAUUGAACACUUUCUAUAAAGAAGUAUAUCAUUUUUUUUAUAUCUAUUACAUUUAUAAAAAAAAAAUAUUAAAUCUUAAUCGUUAUGUUUUACUUUUAUUAAAAAAUUAUGUACAUUACACUGGUCCCCUUUUUUAGAUUUUGGGUUUUCCAAUACUGCCAGUACUUAGUAACAUAUUUCAGAAUUUGUUUGGUCUAUAUGUAACAGUUAUAACCAUAAUACUGAUAGGGUGAUGUAAAACUGUUUCACAUAGAUUUUCUGUAGGGCGGAAUUCACCUUAAAGUUGAUAGUGACAUUAUCCUUGUGGAAAACGAUAAGUAUAUUCUUAAAGUCGUGGCUAAGGUUGAACCAGCGUCCAGAUACAAGAGAUAAGUAUAAGGUAAGAAUAGGUAUGUGGAAUGUUAAAAUAAUAACUGGUAGAAAUAGAGAAUUAGAAGAAGUGUUAAAGAAGAGAAAAAUCAGUUUUUGUUGUGUACGGGGGACUAAAUGAAAUGGAAAGAAAAAAUUAACGGGGUAACAAAAUAUUCAGGUAAGACUAAUACAAGGUAUGGUAUGAGAGUAGUAGUAUAUGAAGUUUUAAAAAGUUAUGUAGUGGAUAUAUUACAUCCACUGUGGAUACUGUGAAUCAUAUAUACAAUGAUAAAAUAAUAGUGUUGAUGCUGAUAUUAGAAAAUAAUUCUAGAUUUUGUGUUAGCAUAUUAUGAUCUUGAGAUUAUUAACACGUAUUUUAGAAGAGGGAAAAGCUCCUAAUAUAAAUAUUAGGAGUACAGAAAAUAGAUCACAAAUUGAUUAUUUUUUACGAAAGAAAGAAAAUGUUAAGCAGGGUUUUUGGUAAAAAAAUACAAUUUUAAAUAAUGAAACUUUUAUUGCCAUUUUUCCUCUACACUCGGGAAAUAAAGCACCAGCCAGUUUUUUGUUUAAUAGUUAGAAUUUAAUAAACUUGGUUACAAUCAAAUGGCGUACUAAAUCGUAAUAAAAAAAAAAAAUUUAAAACCUGGGUGUUUGAUAUAUUUCUACAGCCUUGCCCUCAGUAAUUAGGUAAUAAACUAAUGAACGUCGUAGAAAGGUUAAAUAAAUUCUGUAAUAUGUCGAACUAUUGGUUGCAACUAAUGAUAGCAGUGAAAACUAAAAACACAACAUUUAAAAGUGUGAUAUACUUAGAAAAAUAAUGUUAAUUUGUUAAUUUAAAUCUCGUUGGGUUCCAGCACUGGUUGGCCUCCCUCCUCAUAUCAAUCAUAGUUAAAAUGUAUAUAAAUUAUUGUAUUUAAAAUUAUCAUAUUUGCUUAUUUUGAUAUUAUAACAUAGAUUGUGAAUAUUCUUUUUCAAUAAAAAAAAAAAAAAAAAUGUAUUAAUUUAUCAUAUUGUUUUAUAAUUCUGGACGUUUUUCUUUAUACUUGUAAUUUAAUAAUUUCAUUAAUAUUAAUUUGUAUUCAUCAACAUUUUUUCCUAUAUUUUAAUUUUUUAUAAUAAUAAUUAAAUUAUAUUAUCUCGUAAUAAUUAAAAUAUUUAAUCAAAGUGAAAUACAACAAGGGUUCUAUUAAAACAUAAAAUAGGUCAUUUAAAAACAUGUUCAAUACAAUUUAUGUAUUAUAUAUUUAGAUAAUGGCUAAUGCAAAUAGAAACUCUAAAGUUCUUGAACAGUGCUUGAAGCCAAAUAUUAUGAAUCAAUUACUAUGGCUGGAAUGUAAUUUAGACGUUAACCAAAAAGAAUUAAAUAGUUUCAUAAUUGAAAAAAGAAAUUGCUUUCCUAGAUUUUAUUUAAUAUCAGACAAUGAUUUGUUAUUCUUAUAUGGGAAUUCCGAUCCAAUUGCUAUUCAAGAAUACAUUAUUCAAGUAUGUAAACUGUGGAAUCAAAUUUAUAUGAGUUUCAAUCAAAUAAAACACGUAAUUAGUAAUUAGUAAAUAUAUUUUUUCAGAUAUUUGACAAUAUUAAAAGUUUAACGUAUGAAAUCAAAAAUGGAAGUUAUUCAAUUACAGCAAUGACAACAUGUAAUGAUGAAGUAUUAGUAUAUACAAAUUGUGUAGCUAUUAAAAAUGCCGUAGAUAAAUGGAUGCUUGAAGUUAUCGAUCAAAUGCAAAAGUCAAAUCGUUAUAUGAUAAAAAAGGCAAUUUUAGAUCUAGGAAAUAUUUCAUAUUUAAAUAAUAGAAGUGAUUGGAUUAAUAAUUUUCCAUUAUCAGUGUGUUUGAAUGCAGACAGUGUAUGGUGGACAGUGGAAGUAGAAAAUAUUUUUAACGAAAUAAAUUUAGUAAGUAAAUGUUAUAUUUUUAAUUAGAUUAUGCAUUAAUUUAUAGAAAAAUUUCAUAUUUUGAGAAUUAUGCUUACAAUUUUUAAUAAUUUAAUAGUUUUAUUGUUGAAAAAAUGAUGACAAAAAAAUCAAAAAGUAAUUAUUAUUAUAAACAUAAUAUAUUUUUCAUUAAUUUACGCAUCAUAAUUUAAGUUCUAAAAUAGACUAUGGGUUUAUGAUUAAGUAGAUACAAUAUAACUUAUAUAGCACCUAUUUAUAAUAUAAAAUCUCAUUUACGAAAAUCAAAUCUAGUUUUUGUAGGUUCUAAACAUGUUCUAUAGAAUGCCUUUUUAAUUUUACUAUUGUAAAUAGAACUAAUAUUUAUUAUAUGUAUGUUUUUUUAAGGUUCUGAGUAUAAUGAUAAAUAAAUUGGUUUUUCAAUGAUAUGUGUGUGUGUGUUUUUUUUAUUAUUUUGUAUGUGUCUAUCAGAAAAAUUGUUCUAAUCAAAAAACAACAAGAAAGCUUUUUUUGUAGAAUUAUGGAUUUGAUUGGUUGGUUUUGUUAAUCAAGUAUUUUUCAUUAAACUUGGGAAAAUCUGGUGGAAACUGUUAAAACGCAUAAAAGAAACUGAUAAAUUCACGACAGUAAAAGUUUCAUAAAUCUCGAUUUGUUCGUUUUUGUUUUUCUACCAACAAUUUUACUUCAUAUUUCAAUUGUAGCAUCCUCGCAUCAUGAUGGCAUUAAAACGAUUUGAAAUGAAACCAUUUUAAUAUUUAUUAAAACGGUUUAGUUCAAGGUAACAAGUAGAUAUUCAACACAAAAAAAAAAAAAUGAUAAUGUCAUAAGAUUAGAUAUUAAGUUUCAACAAAAAUACGUUUAUGUAUAUUUUCUAGGGUUGUCCUUAUUUUUGAACAUUAUUAUUUUUGAUGACCAAUACCCCCCCCCCCUAUUUUGUUUCUUACUGUUUAAAAGUAAUCUGUGUUAAAUUUGGUCAUGAUAACUCACGGCCUUCCCGUGCCCUAUGAGGGUUGAAAAUGAGAAAGUAGGGUGGUUUUGUGGUUUUUCACAAACAAUUUAAUAACUAUAUCACUAAUAAUAAAAUGAUAUAAGACUUUUUGGUAGCUCUUAUUAAUUUAUAUAUAAUUUAGUAUUGUACAAUGUACUGUAAAUCUAUUUUUCCCAAGAAAAAUUAUAAAAUACAAAAUAUUUCACGUAUUUAGCAAAACUGAUUUUUUUUAAUGCUAUUUAAUUGUAUUUGUCAAAUGGCUAAAGAUAUAAAAUAAUGUUUAAUACAAAAAUUAUAUAGAAUUUAAUUUCUUGAAAAAAGUUCUACACAUUUGAUAUUCAUCCUGAAUCUUCGAAAUAAGUUUGGAGAUUGUUGAUUAGAAUACAUCGAAAAACAAUAAAAAUUUGUAUUUAGAAAUACCAUCUGCUGUAUUCAAAAUGGUUUUUACUUGAUAAAUUUCAAGAAUCUGAAAGUCUGGUAUGCACUAUCUAGUGAGAUAGAUGGCCAAAGGGAUUCAUUCUUUGAAGAUGUUUUUAUUAAUAUCGAAAUUUAAAGUGUUUAAAAUUUAAAGAAGGAAAUCCAUUAUCCACUAAUAUAUUGACAUAAAUCCUAAUGUAACAUUAAAUCUAAUUAGAACGUUCUAAUUAAGUUUUUAUUAAUAACCUUUUUUUUUUAUAAAAUUAAAUUCUAUAUCAUUUUUCUAUUAAACAUUGUUUCAUAUCCUCAGCCAUUUGACAGAUACAACUAAAUAAUCUUAAAAAAAUUAGUUUUGCUAAUUUUUCUUGGAAAAACCAGAUUUUACUCUAAAUUAUAUAGAUAUUAAGAAGAGUUACCAAAAAGUUUUAAUGAUUUUAUGAUCAGUGAUAUAGUUAUUGAAUUAUUUGUGAAAAACCACAAAACUAUCCUAUUUUCUCAUUUUCAACCCAUUGGGAACAUGGGAAGGGGUGAGUUAUCAUGACCAAAUUUCAUUUCAUAUCACAUAUCACUUUUACACGGUAAGGAAUAAAAUAGGGGAGGGGUUGGUCAUCAAAGAAAAUAAUGAUCAAAAAUAAGGACCAUCAUUUCCUAAACUACCAAAUGCAACCGUUUAAAUUUUGGUAACAGUUUUUAAACAGGUUUAAAGUGUUCAGUGUUCAUAAGAAUAAGAUUUAAAUUUCAAACCAUUUUAACGCUAUCAUAUUUACGUGUAUAAGGUUUUUAUAGUUUUCUAAAUAAUUGGAAAAUACCUAGAAAUACUUAGGAAAACAGAAUAGUUUACGACAUGGACGGUUUUAUUAUCUUUUAUUUUAUUUUUUGUUGUAAUAAGGUUAAAAAUAAUCGUAAAAUUUUCACAGAAUACUUAAAUUAGUCUUUUCUAGACGUGGUAAAAUAUUUAAAACAUUAUGGCGAUUUUUGAGCUAUUUAUAGGUAUUUGACACUUUAAAUUUUUAUUUGGAUAAAAUUGUUAGCCAAAUAGGAAUGAUUGAAUAUUUAAUACGAGGUUUAUUUUAAGUUUUAAGUACUAGAAAAAAGAAAAGUUGAGUUUAUUGCAGUAGUUUUUUCAAAAGCUUUUUAAUUUUGAUGAAAAAUAUAAAAAUGACGGAAUUUUAAAUUAUAUUCAACCGACCUUCUAUCAAAAUCGUAUUUCGUCACCAAUGAUUUAUUAUUGCAUUCAGAUAUCAAUAUAAAUAUACUAACUUUAUAUAUCCUAUUUAUCCAACUUACCGUCUAGAAUAGUAGCACAAAGUAUUAGAUCUUUUUUUUGUUUUGUUAUAUUUCAUCUUCUUCUUGUUUUAUUAAUAUUUAAUUAAUUAUUAUUAAAAAUUAUUUUCAUUUAUUUCAGGGUAAUACAUUAAGUAUGAAACAGUAUUUGAAUCAAUUAAAUACAAAAAUAAAUGAAAUAGUUGUACUUAGAAAAAAAGAAAUGCUGGAAAGUAAAAGAAAUAAAUACAGUUCUGUACUCAUUUCGGAUAUUUAUCAUAGAGAUAUUAUUGAAUCGUUUGUCGUAAAUAAGUACGUAACCAAUUAAAAAUGUAUUAAAUACCUAUUGAAAAUGAAUUAAAAUUUGAUUUUAUAGGGUUUAUCCCAUUAAGUUAUACCAAAUGAAUAAAAUAGUUUUAUAAUUAAAUAUUGUCUCAUGACAGGGCGUCACAUAUUUGGGUGAAUUACCUUUUUUCCGCAUAGUAAAUCAGUGUGUUUGGGCAAGUUCCUUAUAAUGUGUUUGAGCGAAUUUCUAAUAACGUAUUUGAGCGUGUAUGAUGAGUACAAAAUAAAAUAUAAAAGAUAAAAUUGUAAACAACACAUCAUACUAAAAAUGUCAUGGAAUACCUGUAUAUUAUAAUAUUUUAUAAUAGGUUUUUCUAUGUCAUCAAUCAGAUAAGAUAACAAAAAUUGCAAUUUCCUUGUGGGUAAUAAUAUUAUAAUGAUCUCAACUUAAUAAUUAUAGUUUUUUAAACAUCGGGUUUGCUCGAAAACUAGAAACGUGAACUCGAUACAGUUUUUAGUUAUUAUUACUUAUUAGUAUUUAGUAUUAGUUCAUAUAGUUAUUAACUAUUACGAGUUGUGUUCAAAAUAUAAAUCAUAAAAUUAAAGCCGCAUUUACUAUAAAACGAAAUAAACGAUGCAUUUCGAUUUAAAAUGUUUAAUCAAACUCGUGGAAUUCACAAAUAGUCUCACAACCCCAAGUCUGUCGAAAUGAAAGGGAAAAUGGAUUGUUAUAUAAGUUACCGGAACACAUUACAAUAUUUUAAAACUACUACAAACACAAUGCAAUUUUUACAAACUCGCCCAACCGCGUUAUAUAAUAUUAAAUAUAUAUUUAUUUAUUUUUAGUGUGACUUCAGCAAAUUCAUUCGAGUGGAAUAGUAUAUUAAAAUCGUAUUGGAUAAAAAGCAAAGAUAAUUUAUUCAUUGCACAAUGUUCAGGUAAUAAUAAGAGUUUAAGAACCUGCUUAUCACUGAUUAACAACCUUUUGUUUUACUAUCUUGAAUAAUUAAUAUUUAUAUUUUAAAUUACUAAUAUUAUUUAAAUUAAAUAAAUAUAUAUAUACACAUACAUGGCCAUCCACAUAAGUUACUACACUUGAUAUUAAAAAAAAAAAGAUUUUAAUCAUUUAAGAAACAAGCAGCUCCAAAAUAAUACAUAUUAUUUUUUUUCACCCUUAUUUUUGCAGGUAAAACGAAUACAUACUUUUGAUAUUCAAAUGGUAUUCAUCAAUAAAAAUGCCAUUAUACUUCUAGGUUCUACUAAAUAUUAAUCUAAUUAAAAUAUAUAAAUCUUAAAAUAUUGAAUAUUUUAUAUACAUGUAUGCAUUUGUGUCUACUCCGAAGAAUACACUAUAGCCCAUUUUCUGAAAGAUAAUUUUCUCUCAUUGGUGCAUUUUAAAGCUGAUUUUUUGAAUUUCUAAAAGGUUAUCAAAAUAAUCGGGAAAAACCGAAAGAAAAUUAUAGGUAAAACGGUAAAUAUUUACAGCGGACCGCGACGUUACCGUUUUCAUUAUGUAUAUAAUAUACGGGAAAAUUUAUAAAAAUAAUUCUUUUAUUCCUUUAAAUUUUGUUUUUAUAAUCUGAAUGUAGUGAAGAAUGUCUUUUUUUAUAUUUGCAUACUGUGUACGAAAAUUUAGUUUAAUGUAGUAUUUUUUUUUUUUAUAAGAGCUUUAAAAUCAAAUUUUGAUGACAAUCGUAAAUAUUACGGCCUUUCAAAACAAGUAUAACUGAACUUCGCUCCGAAUCGUUUUUUGUUAUCAUUAGUCACAAGUAUAAAUUAGAUAACUUAAUGUAUCUCAUCUUUCCCACUACUCACCUAUAACAAUGGGCGCACAUGUCACACCAGCUCUUUUUAAAAAUUAUUUUGAAUUAGGUUUUUCACUAAGGAAAUUUGGUAUCCUAAAAAACUUAAAUAAGAACGUUAUUAUGGCUUAAUAUAUUAUUAUAUAUAUUUUAACUAUUAUAAAAUACAAAAUAGUUUAAAAUACCUUAUUACAGAGUUGUAUUUAUUAAUUAUUUUAAUUUUUUAUCUUCGUAUGGCUAAAUUGUUUAUACAGUUAGUCUUUAUUAAAAUAAAUUAUUUGUACAUAUAAAUUAAUAUUAAUUGUUGAACAAUUUAAAUUAUAUUUAGAUAAAUGAGUACUAAACAUUUUAGUUUUCAAAAAUUUAAGUUAUUAAUAUUUUAUUGUUAUUUUUACUAUUUUUAAUGGAAAAUAUCUAUAUAAUCAAUACUUAUUUAGGUUUGUUUAACUAUGGAUAUGAAUAUAUGGGAUCAAAUAAAAGCAUUAUUAUAACUCCAUUAACUAAUCGAAUAUUUUUGACAUUUACUCAAGCAUUAUUAAUGUGUUUGGGUGGUGCAACUCACGGUGAGGAAUUUUAAUUUUGAAUUAUUUACUUUUUAAAAUUAUAAUUGCAAUUUAUUGUACUGUUUUUACAGGUCCUACUGGAACAGGUAAAACCGAAACGACCUUAGCAAUGGCUCUAAUAUUAGGAAAUUGGUGCAAAGUUAUUAAUUGCAGUGAUGGUUUAGACCAUCAGACAAUUAGUCAGUUUUUGAACGGUAUUUGUCAAAGUAAAAUUUGGGGGUUGUUUACAAAAUUCAAUAGAAUUUCUUUAAAAACAUUGUCGGUUGUGUCAACUUUACUAUUUUCUGUGAAAUAUGCAUUAUUUGAGAACAAAAAUGAAACCAAAGUAAAUGCCAUUUUUGUUCGAAAACAAAUUAUAUUUACUUAAACCGUAAUUUUAAUACAAUAAUGAUAAUUUUAAAUUAGUUUCAUGAAUGUGACAUAAAUAUUAACCCAAGAGUCGGUAUUUUCAUUACUAUGAAUGUUGACGAAAUGAAUGGGCAACAAAAAGAAAUUAAUGAUAUUAUAAAAAAUCAUUUUAGACCGGUGAUUUGUCUCAUUCCCGAUUUUGAACAAAUAUGCUUUACUAUUUUAUAUUCUGAAGGAUUUCUACAAGCCAAGGUUGUAUAAUAUACUAUUAAAUUUUAAAUUAUUAUUAAAUUAUAUUAUUCGUUCAUUAGAUCUUAUCAACAAAAAUUUCAUUGUUAUAUAAGCUAUGUAAAGAAGGACUUUCAAAUCCAUUAAAUAGUGUAUUUGAUCUAAGAUCAUUAAAACUAGUUAUCAAGUCUGCAAAAAACCUAAUAAUUAAACAACCUGACCUUGAAGAACAUUUAGUUAUAAUGAAAACACUAAGGUUUGUAAUUUAAAUUAAACUAUGAUCAUUUUAAAUAUUUUAAGUUAUUGAAAUAAUAUGAUGUAACUUAUCUGUAUCAUAUAAUUAAAUUAUUCAAGAACUUAUCUGAAAUAUUUCAUAUUACUAGUGGUAAAAAGAGAAUUAAGGUUGGGUAAAACAUCGGAGGGCAUUUAUUUGUCAAGAGUAGGUCAGUUAUAUAAUUUUCAGUCAACUUCCAAAUAUUUCUUUUAUUAAACUGGGAAAUGACAAAUGACUAUGAUAAGGUGAAGGUACAGAAACAUAUUAAAAUACAUUUUUUUUGUAUGAAUUCUGUUUUUUAAAUUUUCACAAAACUCAGCUUUUAAAUGGUUAAAAAAAAAAUGAGAAUUAGUUGAUAUAGUUCAAAAAAUUUAACAGAAAGAAAUUUUCAGAACUGCCUAAGAGUAAAUUCAUGUAAUGUAGCUAAGUUGAAGCUAUUAAUUUAUUUUUAAAUGUUUUAUUUGUUCAAAAACGACAACAAUAAGUCCAUAAUACAUUUUUGUUUAAAAUUGUUUUUAAUUAGAUAUGCCAUCAAGUUUUAAACUUAGUUUGUUAAACGUUUUCUUUUAACUAGGCAUACUAUGAAGUUUCUAAGUAUCUAACUAAUAUUUUAACGACCUUUACCAAGGUGAGUCAUCAAGUUUUAAAUUAUUCGUUUGUCGUUUGUCGUUUAAUGUUUUAUUAGUUUUUCGAUUGUUAAUCUUAGAUUCUAAGUAUAGUGAAAGAUGUAUUAGUUUUUCAAAGAUAUUUAUUUUUUUUAAUUUUGAUUUUUUAUGCGAAUACUUUGUCUAUUAAAAAGCAUACUCCGAUGUAUACAAUGUAGACAUUUUUCUGAAAGGAUAUUUUUUUGGAAUGGUACUUUAGGGAGGUCAUUUUUCGAUUUUCCCAAGAGUUUCCCAUCAAAUGUGAAAAAACGGGAAAAAACAUGAGAAAACCGGGAAAAACAUAGGAAAAUCGGUACAACAUUAAACAAAUAUUAUCAAAGAUAAUAUAUAAUGCCUAUUUAAUCAUUUUACCACAAUAUGACAUAUAUAUUGUUGACAAAGCAUCACUAUCAAUUAAGCUGUACUCGGAAUCGUUUUUUCGAUAGCAAUGGUUUGUGGUUGCAUAAGGUUAAAAUCAAAGAAGUACUUUAUAAAAACGACAUCACCAUUAAGGGAAAACCCAGAAGGAGCGAACAAAAGGAAAUACGCUCACACGCUGGGACGUACCCAGAGAAAACUUACCACCGGGAUAUAACCUACCCUGGAAAAUGUGGAAAACUCUCAACCAUCUGAGAACAUAAGUGGGAGCAACUAAAAAAUAUCUCAAUAAAUGGGGAAUGGCAAGCAGUACAAAUUGUGAAUGUGGAGAGAAAAAAACAUCAAACCAUCUACUCGAGUGUACAUGGAUACCUAGUAAAAGUGGAAUGAAAAAUUUCAUUGGACAAACAGAAAUCACAGACGAAAUUAUACGAAUCAUUAAAGACCGAGGAAAGGAAGAAUUGUAAUUAAAAAAAAAAAAACUCACCGACACGAGAAGAAGAAGAUCGUUGCUUACAGUUAUACAUUAAAUUCCCAUCUAUAUCUUACUUUUUCAACUUCCCGCCCGCAACAGUGGCUGUACCCGUCUUCAUUAUCCUAGGACAGCUUUUUUUUUAAAAUAUAUAUACAUUUAUUAAAACUAUUAUCACUUAUCACUUAUGACAUAUUUACCCUUGAUUUUUAAAAUUGUUAAAUGUUCCUUUAUUCUAAUAAACCAUUUAAAUAUUAUUAUUGUGUAAACAUUUUUAAAUAGGUGCAUUUUUAGUUGUACACGGCGCUAUGAUUAGGCAAAAUUGGUACAUAACUGUAAAAGGAGACUUUAAUUAAAUAAGUGAUUGUCUUUAUUUAACAGCCGUUUCCAUUAAUUUUGUGAAGCAAUAUAAUUUCUGAAAACACUUGAAUUUGUCAUAAAGUUUAAUUAAGAACGGUUUUCACAUAGUUUAGAUUCUGAGUGAAGCGAGGCAUCUAUUUGUUGUACAUUUUGUAUUUUUUUUGUCUGUAAACAACUUUUCUCCUAGAAAUCUCGUUCCAAUCGAAAUAUGAAAAAGAGACCUUCUUUGUUGCAUUUUAACUCUUCACUAUUACUUUACUAAUACUUUGGAAAGUUGAUUUUUUAAAAUACUUAUUAAUAUUUAAGAUAAUGAGGAAAACUGGUUUUUUAAGUAAAAAAGAUAAAAAAUAAAAUUGGCAACCGCUUUUAUUUAUUUAGUGUUAUUAUAAAAUUUUAUUUUUUGAAACAAUUAUUAUUUAUUGAAAACACACACUAUUUAUUUAUUUUUUUUUAUUCCUUUUAUUUUAAAUUUUUCUUUCGCUCAGAAUCAUUUUUCACUAGCAAUAAUUUAUCAUUAUUUACAGGUAUAAAUUAAAUAGCGUUAUGUAUUCCACCAUCCAAACUAUCAACCUACAACAGUAACCACACCCAUUCCUAGCCCUUUUUUUUUUUAAGUAUAUAACAAAUAAAGGGAAAUUAAAAAUAUUAUUAUCAUAUUUGAAUUGUUGAAGAAAUAAAAAUCAAAAAAGGACGGACAUCUUCGCACAUGGGUGCAGCCACUGUUGAAGGUAAAAAGUUAGGAAAGUAGACAAUAGAUAGGAAUUUAAUGUAUAUCUGUAAGCAAUUGCAAACCAUUGCUAGCGAAAAAACGAUUCUGAGCCGAGUUCAGUUGAUAAUGUUGCUUUGUCAACAAUAACAAUAUAUAUUAUUAUGUUAUAUUAUGGUAACAUGAUUACAGCAAUGUGCGUUUAUAUAAUAAAAAUAAUUAAUUAAGAAAUAUUAAGAUAGUAAAAACUUAAUAAUAACAAAAAAUAAAUAAAACCGGUUUUUAAUGGCAACCUUAUUUUUAAUCUUUCAAUAUUUUUUAACCUAAAGACCGAGGUUUUCCUCGUUGUCUCAAAUAUUAAUUAGAAUUUCAAAAAGGCCCUCUUUAAAGUACCACCCAGAGAAAUUUCCCUUUCAGAAAAGGUGCUAUAUUUGAUAAUCAGAGUAUGCUUUCUGGUAGAAAAAGUGUUAAAAAAAAAAAAAAAAAAAAUAAACAUCAUUGUAAAACCAAUACAUUCCUCAUUCCACUUAGAAUCUAAAAUGUGGGAAAAUUGAUCUUAGAAAUGACAAGACCAUUCUAAUUUAGGAAAUAGUGAUAAAAAUCCGGUAGCUGGAUCGGGAAUCGAAUCCAAGUACCUCGUUUGUCAGGCGAUUGCUCUACUACUGAGCUACCUGAUACCUUAUGUCUACAGUAAUUUCUGCUAAUGAAUACUGGUACGAAUAAAUAUUCCGGGUUUGGGCUAUUAGUGGAGUGGCCUUGCUAGUGGACUUAAAGAAAUACUGUCUACAGAGUUCUUACCAAUUCACUAGAUCAAUCGGUCGGUACGUUGGAUUAAAACAUAUCCAGAUUUGAAUGUUAUACGUGUAUAAGACAAAUACAGAACACAACCACUAUCAAUUCUCUUAAAUUAAUGGAUACCUAAGUGUUAACUAUAAUUAUAUGUGAACAAAAUAGAUCCCGUGUGAAAAUGGUUUCUUUGAAACUAGAAAUCAUACAAACUAUUUUUAUCUAAAAAAAAGAUUGUUUGUUUUCAAAACUAAGUAUAAAAGGAUAAAAUAAUGUAUUUAUUAUUUAUUACACAAUUUUUGAUAAUUUCUUCAUUUUUUUUUUCAGAGAUUUUAAUUUGCCUAAAUUAAUUGAUGAAGAUAUUCCUUUGUUUUUAUCGUUUAUAUCGGAUUUAUUUCCAAAUGUUAAAUAUUUUAAAUCAACGAAUAAUGAUAUCAAUGCGACUAUAGAAAUUGUUUUAAAGCGUGAAAAACUCAUAAAAAUUGAUAGCCAAGUAGAGAAAAUUAAUCAAAUAAUGGAUGCUUUGACCACCAGGAAUUCAAUCUCAAUAGUAGGGCCAACAAGUGGUGGAAAAUCUGUUAUAAUAAAUAUUUUAUGUGAAACGUUAAACCAUUUAAAAAUGUCAACGAAAAUCAUAACACUCAACCCAAAAGCCUUUACAAAAUUAGAAUUAUAUGGUUAUGUAGAUCCAAUUACAAAAAUCUGGAAUGAUGGAUUAUUGACAAAUAUUUUCCGAAACAUAAAUCAACCAAUUGUUCCUAAUAAUCGGUCACGCCAUUUUAUUUUGUUUGACGGUGACAUAGAUUCGAUUUGGAUAAAUGAUUUAAAUCCUGUUAUGGAUGAUAAUAAAAUGUUAACAUUAUCAAAUGGAGAAAAAAUAAGGUUAGUACAUUUAAAUUAAUUUAAAACAAAUGAAUAAUCACUAAUACUGUUAAAAGGUACAAUUUAAUACUAGGUUAAAUUAAUAAUACAAAUGAUUUAAAAAUGAAUAUUCAUACAUUAUUAAAUUUUGGAAAAAUUUCUGAAAAUUAAUAAAUAUUAUCGUCAGUCAAAAAACCAACUAAAUAUUUGGGUUAAGAUUUAAAUUUAAUAGUUCAUUUUUAAUAUUUUAAAAUAAAAUCACCUGAUAAUAGGUAGUAGAUAUACUGAUAAUGUUUGCAGAUGAUACAGUUUUAAUAGGAAAAAGUCUGGAAGAAGUUAAUUUUUAUUAAGCCAAUCGGCCUGAAGAAUAGUAAUUAAAAGAAAAGGAACUAAGGAUAAGUAAAAGUAAAACAAAGUAUAAUAGAGUAUAAGUUUGGAGAAACAAGACAAGAUUAGCUAGUGACAAUAAGGGGUACGUAAUAUGUGAGAUUGAAAGUUUUAAAUAUCAAAGAUCUUUUAUAUAAAAGAACGAUGGCUUUGAAUUGAUGUGAAAGUGAAAUAUAGGAUUUAAUCUGGGUAGAUAAAGUUAAUAGAAGCGUCAAGUAUUUAAUGUAAUAAAAUAACUCCAAUGAGACUUAAAGGUAAGUUUUACAAGAGAGUGGAUGUGGUCUCACCAUUGAGACCGGCUAUAUUGUAUGUUUAUAAUUAGAAUGCUGAGUGGAUGAGUGGAGUGUCCAGAGAAAAUAGAAUAAGGAUUAAGUACAUAAUAGGUAGCUUAUAUUCGGGGCACGAAAAAAAAACGCUAUGCAUCAUAUGUCUAGCAGCAGUUUUUCUAAAAGGGUUAUCAAAUAAUCCCGUCAGCGCUCAUUUUUCGUGUCCUUAAAUACAACACAUAACAAUAGCGUGACAAUACAAUGUUGAGAACCUAUGGCCAUAACGCUGGGUAUGUAUAACUGGUCACUACUCGUCGUGCCCGCGACUAUAGGUGGCUUCGAUAGUAGACAAAAUAAGAGAAAAUAAACUGAGAUUGUUUAGGCAUGUUAUAAGGAGAGAUGAAUCAGAAACAUUGGGAAUUGUUAUGAAAAUAGAAAUAGUAGAAAAGAGGGGGAAAGAAGAUCGAAAAAUAAGUGGUUGGAUCGAGAAUAAUAUAAGCACAUGCGAGGUGGAAGAUCAGAUCAAGUGGAACUUUAGGACCAGAGUAGUCGGCCCCAAACAGUUGAGAUGAAGGUGACGGAAAAGAAGAAGAUGAAAUGUAAUAGAUUAUUUGAUAAGAAUACAAAUAUUUAUUAUUUUCAUUUUAUAAUAUUUUUUGAUAAUUGUAUAUAGGAUUAAACCACUGUGUAAUUUGUUGUUUGAAGUUGGUAAUCUUGCACAUUCAGCACCAUCUACAAUAUCUAGAAUGGGCAUAAUUUAUGUUGAUCCAUACAACCUUGGAUAUAUGCCAUUUUGGUUACGUUGGUUAGAAUCACGAAGUUUGAUAGAGCAAACGGCACUCGACCAAUGUUUUCAAAAAUAUGUACCGGAGUUGCUGAACUUAAUUUUUGAAAAUGCCAAUUCUUUUGAGAAAUCAUGUCCAUUGAGGACUGCGGUUCCACAAACCAAAUUAAAUAUGGUAAAUUAUAUUUGUCAGAUUAUUAAUCCAUUUUUAUUUUAAUAAUCAAUAAUUAAAAUUUGACUAUUUAUUCUCUUUUAGAUAACUCAACUUUGCUUUCUUCUGGACACCUUUUUACCUUUGGUCUCAUCGGAUAAUGAUUCGAUUAACACAAUUAAACGCAAAAGAAGUACUAUGACCAACAAUGCAGCCAUUCCUUUGAAUUCGAUGAUUUCUUUUAUGGCUGGAAUGGGAGUAAUAGAAGCUGUAUUCAUACAAGCUUUAUAUUUUUCUUUAGGAGUAUUAUUAACUGAUGAAACAGCUCGUUAUACUUUCGACGAAACAGUAAAAAAGUUAUCUGGUUUUACGGUUUCUCAAAAUGCCUAUGACCAGCAGCAUAAACCUAGUCUAAAAUAUAUACCAUGUGAUGAACCUACUUGGUAUGAUUACUUUUUAGACUUUAAUAAGCUGGAAUGGAUUGCGUGGAAAAAGGUUGUUCCAGAAUAUAUUCAUAAUGAUAUGAUUAAAUUUGAUGACAUACUUAUUCCUACAUUAGAAUCGACUAGAUUGACAUGGAUACUAACAUUGAUAAAUGAAGUACCUAUUUUGUAUUUUUUUUUUUUUUUUAAAUUACCAACACAGAUAAAUCAAUACAAAUUUUUAUUUCAGUAUUACUUUAGAAGUGCAAUAUUUAAAAAGGUAAACAUACAUUAUGCAGGUAAUAGUUUAUAAUUAAUAAUUAUUAUAUAAAUUAUUUAAUUAAAUAUUAAAACUAUAAUGGUAAAUUGUUCAAAACUGGUUAUUGAAUAGGUAAAAAUUAAUAUGAAAUUUAAAUAUAAUAUUUUCUCUUAGAAUUCCCAUUUAUUUUUAUUUUUAUUUAUUCAAAAAUAAUAUUUCAUACGAGUAUUGUAUUUCUAAAUUAACUUUUCUAGUAAUUAUCAUUUUUGUUUUUUUUUUUUUUUUUGGUAAUCAACAGGACUCUCACACAAUUAUAGAAAGUAAUAAAAUUAUUUGAUUAUUUUUGUUUGAUAGUUAAGUAUUACCUAUACUUAUUAGAUUAUAGUUCUUAAUUAUACGUUUUAACUAAUUAAAUUAUUGUUCAUUUAUUCAUUCAUUAACAUGCCACUGUUUCUUUCAAACACUUAAACCUAUGUAACAUUAUUUUAAUAAUGUCUUUAAAACAUGUAUUAUUUAUAUUACCAUUGAAAAUGAAAAGUACUAGAUAGUUAUUUGGUUUUUAGUUAUAAUAUAAUGUAUUCAUUUUAUAGGUAAAGCGUCCAACAAUUAUCGUUGGUAAAAUGAGUUCUGGGAAAACAGCUAUAAUGAAAUAUUUCAUGCGUAACUUGGAGGCAAAAUAUUAUGUAAGCAUUAUUAAUUUAUAGAUCUAUUAAUACAUUUUAUGAAUACCUGUAUAUUUAUUUAUGAAAGUAAGCGUCUGUCUGUUUGUUAAUUUGUUUGUCUGUGCGAAAUGUAUAUCCGAUGUCAAUGAACAAGUCUGUGUGCACACAGUGCACCUCAGAGCCGGAUUUUUGAAAUUUAAUCUCUUAAUUAAAAAUAAGCCCACACAAGAUUUUAAUUUUUUUUUGUAUAAAAAUUAAUUAUUUUUUUAUGGGUUACUUUGGUGACACGAAUGAAAAAUGUUAUUAUUAAUUAAUUUGGUUGUUCCGGGCAAGAAAGUUCUAUUUAAAAAAAAUAGAUUACCAGACGAUAGAGUUAUAAGUAACAAAUGAUAAGAACGGGGGUGGUAACGAGGAAACACAGGAAAAAGUCGUUUUAUAUUUUUCAUCAAUACUAUUCUAUCCUAUUCCAUCCUGGUGCAUACCCGGGGAAACAAUGAGGAGAACGCGUUUUUAUUUUAUUUUUGUUCAAUACUGCCUAUGCACAAUUAAAGGUAUAAUUAAUAAAAUUGAAUAUUUAUAAUAAAUCAUAUACACAAUUAAAAAGAUAUAUAAAAAAAAACCUACCUCUAUGUAAGAAAACGAAAUUAUAUAAUAAGUAUAAACAAAACAUAUUCGACAAUAAUAAAUAAUUUUUCCUUGAGUUUUAAUUUACUAACAUUCAAUUUUUUUUUUUUGCAUGUGUGUGGUUUUUAUAAAAUAAUAAAAAUUAUCCAGAUACGUACGAAUUAAUACCACUGACUAAUUAAAUUUGAAUUUUGUUUAAUAAUAAAUUCAAUUUCACGGUUUGUAGAUUAAAAUGGCAUUUAACUUCUCGGCAAGAACUUCGUCAUUAGACGUUCAAAAAAAUUUAGAAAUAAAUCUGGAAAAACAUUCUAGAAAAACCUAUGGCCCUCCAAUUGGAAAACGAUUAGUUUACUUUAUUGAUGAUUUAAAUUUACCUCAAGUAAGCAUGGGUAUUUUUUUUUUUUUAUUAUAUUAUGUAGUUAGGUGUUCAAAAAAAGAAAUUUUAUUUUAAAUACUUUAUAAUAAUAUGUAAUGUAUUUCUUUAUAUGUUUUAUAAUCAUAGCGAAUGAUAGUCGAUACCUAAAGCAUUGCGGUUUUUUUUUUUUAAUUCAUAAUUUUUUACAUGUAGAUUUUGUUAAUAUUAUCUAUUAUAAUAGUCCUGUAAUAACCAGUGCGCAGUGGGAGGAGAUGUUUAGGAUUAUAUUUCCCUCCCAUUUGCUUAAAAAUGCAACAACUAUGGUAUGUGAGUUUAUAAUUAUUUAGCAGAUAUAUAGUUAUUAUAAUUAUUUUGAAAUUAUAUAAUUACUCGUAUUUCAGCCAAGUUAAAAGGAAAAAAGCUUGAAUAUGAAAUCAAAAUUUAGGAUCUGGCUUUUGCAUUCUUUUUGUCGAUUUAAGUUUAACAUUAGACAAUUUUACAAUUUUUUUAUGAAUACUGAUUAAUAUUUAUUAUUUUCUCUUUUAUUGAAAAUUCUUGGGUGGUGGGCACACCACAGGUGAUGACUAAGCAAUUUAAUAAGAAUAAUAAUUUGAUCUGUUCUACUAUCGCUAGCGAGUCUAUUUAUUGGCCAACUCAGCUGAUCACUAUUGAAUGGACCACUAUUUUAGAUUCGGAGCGUAGCGAUACUGUUAAUUUCUUCUUUUUUUUUCUUUGUUCUAGUCUGUGAACACGUUUUUUCUUAGUCAACUUGCUCCGAUGUAUAAAUGAAGCACUUUUUAUGAAAGCUCAAGUUGUCUAAAUAGUACUUCAAUGAUGCAAUUUUUUAAUUUUCAAUUCCAUUUUUCAAAUAAAAGCACUUAAAUGUGAAAAAAAAAAGAAAACGUACAAUUUCACGAUUUCAUUAUUAUAUAAAACACAGAUGACGUUUUCUACCAAAAAAAAUGAUUUGAUCGAAAAAUCACAAACAUCUUUUUUGUUUUGUUUUUAUUUACUUUCUUACGGUAUCAUUGCCAAAACUUAUGAGCCACUUUUGAGCUUUAAAGGAAUUUUAAUUUUUGGGAGUUUUUUUGCUGUGAUUCGGUUAUAAAUACACGUAGAGACUUGACAUUUGGUAAUAAUACUCAUAUUAGAUUUACCUAGACGUGGUAAAGUUUUAAAAAUCAUCGGACGAUUUUUUGUUUUUUAAUAAGUGUUUUGAAAUAACGGAAAUCGCAAAAAAAAAUUGCGGCACUUCAAAUUAUGUGUUACCGAACUGCGCUCGGAAUCGUCUUUCAUCAAGCAAUUGUUUAUCGUUGCUUACAGAUAUAAAUUAAAUAACCUUAUGUAUCCUAACUUCCCAACUUCUCACCUAAAACAGUGGCCGCUCCCAUCUUCAGUAUCAGCUCUUUUUUUUUUGAUUAAACUUAAUAUUUAGUAUCCUUGCUUGUCUUAACACUUCUUCUACUGCUUUGUCAUAUUCUAUCUUUCCUUCGGUCACUUAUAAGUGUGACAUCAAAGUAUACAAAUGUGACCAUUGACUAAAAUAUUUUGAUGUUAAUUGUUGGAAUAUUUCUGGAGCAUUAGCUAAUACAAAUGGUAACGUUUUAAACCGGUACGACCCAAAAUAUGAGCUAAAUGCGCAGUACUUCCUCUAGCAACUGUCUCAUUCGCACUGAUAAAACCCGUCUUUAAGAUCAAAAAGUGUACUUUUUCCACCUAAUGCUUAUCCCGUACAUUGUCAAGUGUAGGGAUUAGGAACCAUCUCUCUUAUUAUACAUUUGUUUAAAUCUUUUGGAUCUAGACACAUGCGUAAUGAAUAGUCUGGCUUAUGAAGCUUUUUUAAUUUCCUCAUUUAUUUCAGUAUAAAAUUUGUUCAAAUUUUUCAAACGAAAAUAAUUUAGUAACUUGCUUUAGUGACUUGGCCAAUUACUAGCCUGUAAGACCGGCAUACAAGAUAUUUCAUUGUGGUCCAAAGAUGAUAAGUCAACCAAUCGGUGCGCAUUAUGUAGUUGACAAACACUAUCUUAGUAUAAUAUAAACUUUCUACCAAUCGCUAAACAAAAAUAAAGUAUGACGUAGUAAGAAUUCGAAAAAAAUAAAAAUCUAUUAUUAAUGAAUGUUUGAAUUUGAAAAAUCAAGGUGUUUAGCAUAAACUAUAUUUCUGAUUGCUAAUGGGUCUAUCAUCUAUUAGUCAUCAGUUAUCGACACAAAGCUGCUAUAGAAGUAUAAACUAUGAAUAACAUUUUGUGGCCCCUUUAAAAACGUAUUGCAGCGAAAUAUUUUUAUUUUUAAUACCUAUAUUUAUCUGUAUUUUUAAUUUUAAAGCUGGACGAAUGCGGUUCACAGCAACCUAUUGCUCUAUUAAAAGGUAUAUUUGAUAAACAAGGCAUGUAUGAUAGAUGCAACAAUUUUGACUGGAAAGAUCUCGUAAAUAUAUGUAUGUAAAACGUAAUUUGUAAAGAUCAUUGAGGAAGUAUUUAAACGUAUAACAUUUUGAUUUCAGGCUUUUUUGCUGCUAUGAACCACGUAGGAGGUGGGCGAAAUGAAUUAGAUACACGUUUUUUGUCAUUAUGUUCGGUUUUUUCAUUGCCUUUUCCGUCGGAAAAUACAAUUCGAUAUAUUUUCAAUUCAAUUUUAUCUGGUCAUACAAUAUCAUUUACAGACAACAUUAAAUGUGCAGUUAAUAAUAUUGUAGAUAUGACAUUGAACUUAUACAAAGUAAGUAUACUUAACUACAUUUAUAAAAUUUAAAUAUUAUAUUUUACUUAUUUCAUAAAAUAACUGAAAUUAAUUUGAUAAGUACCUGAUAAUUUAAAUAGGUUUUUAUACUAUAAUUUUAUUUUAAAGAAUAGAUUACAUUCUUAAUAUUGAAAAUGAUUUCCUUAUAUUAUUUCAAAAAUACCUACUUUUAAGUUUCAAAUUAUAGCUUUUUUUUUACGUAAACAAUUUUUCUAAAAGAAAUCUUAAUAAUUAGAAAAACCUGAGAAAUUUACAUUACAAUAACGGUUUUCAUUAUUUUUAAUUUUUUUUUUUUUGUUAUGAUUCAGUGGAAUUUUCAUAUCAUAUACUUUCUAGACAUGGCAAAAUACUUAAAUGUUUAAAAUAUGCCAAUGCAGUAUUCUAAAUUACGUAUAACUUAUGAAACUUUUUGAGUUUUAUUAAUAUUCGUUGGUCUUAUAUGGAUAAAAAUUAUUUGAUUUUUUAAUAACAUUUGAAAAUUUGAUAUCAUCAUAAUAUUCAUCAUAAUAAGUUGUUCUUAUGAUAAUAUACAAAUAAACGUUUAUAGUUCAAAUGUUGAGGAAAAUCACAGAAAUCAUGGAAAUUUUGAUUAUUAUUUUCCAAUUUGAAUGAAUAAACCGUUUUUUGGUUUUAAAAAAAUGAUAAAUAAUUUAGGAAAAAAUACAACUACAAUUUUAAUUUAUUUUGUAUUUUUGAAUUAAUACAAUAUUCAAAGUUUAUCAAAAUAUGUUUAACCGAAUUUCGCUCAGAAUCGUUUUUAGCUUUGCAUUACUGUUGCGUACAGAUAUAAAUUAAAACUAUCCUAUAACUAUCUUAUUUUCCCAACUUUCUACCUACAACAGUGGUACACCCAUAGUGUGAAUUUUUUUUUUUAAAUAAUACUUUUCUGAGUAUCUAUGCGUAUAAUAAUAUUAACAAAUAAAAUAUACCUGCCUGCAACUGAAUAAUUAUAUAAUUAAUAAUUUUAGGUAUUAUUAUAUAAAUAUACAAUUAGGAAUUUUGGAUAUUAUUAUAUAAAUAUAUAAUUAAUAAUCUUGAAAAUUAUUAUUCACAUAUUUGCUGAUCUCGUGUAUUUUUCACGUAAAAACGACUAUGUAUUAACAUGAUUUGUUUGUGUAUUGUAGUUAGUACUUAUGAAAUUACAUCAAACACCAGACAAAUUCAUUUAUGUUUUCAAUUUAUGUCAUAUAAGUUGUAUCAUUAAUGGAAUGACCCAAAUAUCACUCAACAAAUUUACAACUACGGAAUCAUUUGUAAGAGUUUGGAGGAACGAAUUCACAAGAGUUAUAUGCGAUCGAUUAAUUUAUCAACAAGUACUACUUACUUAUAUGUUUUAAAUAGUCUGCUUCGACUUCUUUAAAAUACAAUUAACAAUUUGAAUAAUCAAGUGUUUUUUUUAUCAAAGACAUUUUCGGUUGUUAUAUUUGAUACUUAGUAUAAAAGUCAACAAUAUAAAAAAAAUGACUAAGGUCGAAUUUCCUCCCUUCCUCCACCCCAAAACAUUAAAUAACCGAAUACUAUAACUAUAGUUAUACAGGUAAUACAAAACUUACUAUAAGGAUACUAUAAUACCUAAUUGUACUUUUUCCAAAAAUAAAACAAGUUUAAAAUUGAUCAUAAAAAUGGUUGUUGAUAGGAUUGAAAGAUGAAAUCCCUAAAAGACAUAUUCUUAAUAUUUAUACCAUACAUAUUCAAAAUGUCAUCCUCCUGAUUUCAUAUGGAUAGUCUAUAGAGGAGCGUAGAAAACUUAAAAAGAAAAACCUACUCCAACUACAACAUGGUGACAUAUAUAUUGAAACUAAACCAAAAUUGUAUUACUUCAAUCCACUUAUAAAAUAAUCUUAAUUCUCGAGUUUGAACUUAUAUGUUACAGAGAGAACUGUUCAUAAAGUAGAGGGAAAAAGAUAUAUAUAAUAUAGAGGUGUCCUACGAAAAUAUACUCAUUUCAAUAUCUUCUGAGAUGAUAAACAUUAUUUAUAUUAAAGUUAAAUUUUUAUGUUUUGGUAAAAAUUAAAAUUCUAACCUUUAAUUUUAUUAUUUUUGAAAAAUUUAAUAAUAACUUUUUUAUAAAUUUUAUUCUUCUGAAAAUAUUGAAGUUUUAAAUUUUUUUUUACAUUAAAUUUUUGAUUUUUAAUGAUUUAUUAAAAGUCAAUGAAAAAUACCUAUAACUAUGCAGCAGGCUGUAAUCACAUUCACUAUUACCUAUUAUUAUGUACAUUUGACUGAACAUUUUUUUUUCUCUGAACUCUAAAUAAAUAUUAAAAAUCACUAAUUCAAUGAAAAUAAAAAGUUCAUAAGUCAUAAUGUUUAGAAGAAUAAACUCUAGUCUAUAAAAUGGCUAUUUUUAAAUUUACAAAAACAUAAAGAAUUAAUUGAAAUGUAGGUAAGUAAUUAUAGUCCUUGUCCCUGUGAGUGACAUGAAAAAAACGGUAUUUGAUUAUUUUUAUUAUCUCCGGAAACAUUACAAUGGGUAUAUCUUCAUGGGACACUGUAUAUAUCAGACACUAUACAGUCAUUAACCGCUAUUUUUGUGGAAUUCUAUAAAAAUAUAAAAGAAAAUUGAUCAUUUUUUUUUAGGAUCGGGAAUUAAUUGAACGUCAUCUUAUUCAAGAAGUACAAUCAUAUUUUCCAUUACAAGUAGACUAUGUUCUUAGAGAUCCUCUUUUAUUUGGUGAUUGUAGAAAUGCUAUUAAAGCAAAUGAUCAAAUACGAAUUUAUGAGGACCUAAUAGAUUAUGAUUCUGUAUUUUAUUUAUUUCAAGAAGUAAGAACUAAGUAUAUUUUGAUAUAAUUCAAUAAUAAAAUAUUGUUAAAAUGUUUUUUUAGAUAUUAUUGGAAUAUAAAAAAUAUCACGGCGUGUUGGACAUGGUACUUUUCAACGAGGCAUUAGAUCAUUUAGUAAGAAUUCAUCGAAUGCUUAGAAUGAGUAGAGGACAUGUUUUGUUAAUUGGUAUGAAUGGAAAUGGCAAGAAAUCUCUUUCCAAGUUAGCUGCAUUUACAUCUGGUAUAUAAGAUGCAUUAAUUAUGAUCAAAUAUGAUUUUUAACUUCUUCAUUUAAAUAAAAUAUAUAAAUUAUUUCUAACAAAUGUAUUAUAUUGGAAUUUCUUAGAAUCCUGUGAAUAGUGCCUUUAUGGUUAUAAAUCUAAUUCUCAAUUUUUUUUCGAUAAAUAUAAUCAAAUUAUUUAUAUUAUUGAAUGUUUAUCAUUCAUUUUUACUAAUUUGUGUUGUUUUCUUUAUUUUUAUUUCACAAUAAACUAAAAAUUAUGAUAUAUUAUGUAUUUAAAUUUGUUUAGGUUUUGAAGUACGUAUAAAUAGUUCAUUUUAUACCAAUCAUAAUGUUGGAAUGAAUAAACAAAACUUUGAAGAUAAUUUAAAAAAUGUACUAUCCAAAGUUGGAGUUGAAAAUCAACCUGUUGUUUUCAUAAUUGACAAAGUUGAUAUAAUUGAAGAAGGUGAAUAUUCAUUGUUAAAAUGAACUUCCUCUCCUUAGCUUCAACUAUUUGUAUUAGUCUAUUCUUUAAGUUCCCCAUGACUCGACCAACUGCAUUCUUUUUUUGCACUCCUAAUUUUAUAACACUCAUUACCACAUCUCACGACCUAUUUUUGAUCUUUCUUAUCUUCUACAUUAAUUUUCUUUGCUCUUUUUUACGACUGUCUUUCCUCUCCUUAUAACAUACAAAAUUCAUCAAUCUAUUUGUUUUUAUAUUAUCAAUUAUUGCUGCCACUUCCAUGCUUACUCUUAUAUAUUUAUUAUCUUUUUUUUAUUUUCUAAUAGUUCUCUAAUUCACACAUCCAUAUUAGCAUUUUCACCUCCUAUCAAUGCUCUCACACAGUCACACCAAUACUUUCAUCUCUAAAUAAUAUGCUGCACCAUGAUCUCUAUCCAUGUAGCUAUAAAUGUUAACUUCAAUACUUAUAAAGCGCACAUUUUUUGUAAUUUAUAUUAGACAUCUAGCUAAAUAAAAUAUUACAAAUUCAUUUUUGGGACUGUUUAAUUACAUUAUUUACAUUGUUAUUUGUUUAACUAUUAUUCAAUAAUUCUUUUUUAUUAUGUUAUUUAUCAAGAAAUUUUAGAAUUUAUCAAUAAUAUUUUAACAAACGGUUUUGUACCAUCAUUAUAUACAGAUCAAAAGGAAAAUUUAGAAAUAAUUCAACGUUUUCGGGAUACACUGACAGAUGCAUCUAAUGAAAUAGCAGCGUAAGUAUUUGAUGUACACCUAGUUGUUCAUUUGUUAGUAUCAUUAUAUUUAUUAUCAUUUAUAAACUGUGUAUUUUAUUUAGAGACUUUUGUUGGGACAUGUUUUUGAAAAACUGUCUAAAUAACCUUCGUGUUGUAUUAUUAAUGUCACCUGGAAAUAAUCUUCGAUUGAUUUUUCGAAAUUAUCCAGGCUUUGUAAAUAAAACUUACAUUGACUGGAUUCAUAAAUGGCCUCUGGAGGCUCUACAUACAGUAGCUGAAAAAGUUUUAAUUAACGUAUGAUAUAUCCUUUUAAUUUAAUAAUAAAUAAUAUUAUUGUAAUAUAUAAAAAACAGUUUUUACGGUAUACUGUCACAGAAAUUUGUUGAAAGUUAUAAAGAUUCUACCUUAACUUUUUAAACUGUAUUUAGUAUUCAUAAAUACUAUAAAAUAAUAAUAAUAAAAAAUAAUACCUGUAAAAAAAAAGGUAGUUGUGAACUUAUAUGCAUUACAUCAACUAAAAUUAUUUUAAAUGAACAAUUAUUAAUGAAUAAUCUCAUUUACAUACAUUAAGUGUUUUAAAAAGACAAUCAAAAAUAUUUUGAAAUAUUAUUUUUUACCGUAAUUUUAUCAAUAUAUUUUAUUAAAGACAUUAUGUGUUAAGAAUAUUUUGACAAGACACGUUUUUAUUUUAUAAAUUUAUAAUUUAUUUGAAAAGUUUUUUUAUCAUCAAAAUUUAAAAAAAUAUAAGAACAGAACACUAUGAAACGUUUUGCUUGUAUAAAAUGUGAACCCUAUAAUGUUCUCCACAUUGCUUGUGUUUAAUAGAAAAAGAAAUCUAUGGUAGCUAUAUAAAUAUAUAUAACUAAAAAUACAAUUAUUUUUAGGAUCAAGUUAUUUCAGAUAACUACAUAAAUAAUGUAAUCAAACAAUGUGUUUAUAUGCAUAAAUCUGCAGAAAACUAUGCAAGCACAUUCUUUAUAAAUACAUCACCGAAAAUUUGUUUCACAUUUAAACAUUUAGUAGAUUGUAUACUAAUGUAUAAGAAAUUAGUUACGAACAAACUGAAUUUGUCACUAAUAAAGGUAUAUUAUAUUAUUUAUUUAUUUUUUAGUUAUAUAUUUGUUUGAAUAAUAAUUUAUAGUAACAAUAAUAAUAUAAUAAUAUCAUAAUAAUAUUAAUAAUAAUAAUAAUAUAAUUAUGCAUAUGCUAAGGUAGUCAAUGGGAGAGUAUGAAGGGGAUAUAUUCCUCCUUAAAAUAUUUACCUUCAAUAUUUAUAAUUAUAUAUAUAAUUUGUUAUAUUACUUAUAUUUAUAAAAAUAAAAAAAACACCCGUGCAUAUUUAUAAUAAUGCAAUGAUAAAUAUAAUUAAAGUUAUUGUAAUAAAAAUGGUUUAUCUUCUAUUCUGAUUCAGUUUCAUAGUCAUUUGCAUCAUCCAUGUCUUUUUAAUCACAUUAAAAGUCAUUUGUUUUGAACGAGUAGAGUUUUAACUUUAUUGAAAAAUGUUGAAAUCUUUUUUUCAAUGGUUCAAUUCUGUAUAUUUGAAAUAUACUCUUUUUAGAGUUGGAUUUAAAUUUAAAUUUGACUACCUUAACAAUAAGUAAAUUACUAAUCAAUAAUUUAUGUUAAAUUAAAAUAUAUUUUUCAACAUAUUUUUAUAGUCUCAACAAAUUCAGGAAGGAUUAGAAAAAAUUAAUGAAAGUACUUUAGAACUUAGUAGGAUAAGUAACACACUUCUUCAACAAGAAAGAUCUAUAGCACAUAACAACGAAACAUGCCAGAAUCUUGUACAAGAAAUUAAAGGUAUUCAAAUUCUUAUAGAAGAAAUAAUAGGUAUUAUGAAUGUUAGUUCCGAAAAAUUAAAUUCCAAGAAUGAGCAAAUUAAAAAUACAAGAAACAAAAUGACAAAGUUGAUCGAUACAACUUUACCAGUUUUAAAUACUACUAAAACAUUAUUAAAUGAAAUGAAUUUAGAAGAUUUGACCGAAUUAAAGUAAGAAAAAAUGAGUGCUAAUGUUUUAUUUUUAUUUAUCUAAGAUAAAAUUAUGUUAUGUUUUAGCUAAUUAUAAAUGUGAUACAUAUAAAUCUUUUUUUAGAUCACUGGAAACACCACCUGAAUCUGCUAUAACUUUACUUGAAUGUGUGGCUAUUUUUAAAGGCCUGAAAGAUAUGAAUUCAUGGAAACAAUUAUCUGAUAUGACUGAAGAUCCACAUUUUUUAAUUAGUCUACAAGAGCUAGAUAUAAAUAAAAUUAAUCAAAAACAACAAACACAAGUACGAACAAAGUUAAAAUUUUUAAAAAAAACAAUCGAUAUUCAAGCGAUAAGUAAAGUGGAAUGUACUAUACUAAACUUUAUUGAAUCUGUCCUAAAAUACUGUUCUAUUUACCACGACAUUUUGCCAUUAAAACAUAAGGUCGAUAAAUAUGAAAAAGAUUAUCUUGAAGCUACAUUAAAACUAAAAGAACAUGAGGAUAGUUUAAAAAAUACACAAUGCACUUUAUUCAAUUUAGAAAAAUCAUUAGAUGAUGUAUCUAAGGAAAAUAUUAAAAUAAAAAAAGAAAAUAGUUUGAUGAAAGUUAAAUUUGAAUACGCUGAUAAUCUAAUACAAGAAUUAAGUUCUAUACAUGAAAGGUAAAAAAAUAACUAUAAUUUAUUAAAAUAAAAUAUAUUUUUCUGAUUUUAAAGUCACUUGGCUCUUAAAAAUACAUUUUUAGGUGGAUUUCUGAUUUAGAAAAUGAAAAAAUAUUAAAAGAUGAAAUAAUUGGCAAUUGUUUACUUGAUGCUUCAUUUUUAAUCUAUGCCGGUCCAUUCUCUUUAGAGUAUCGUAAACAAAUAAUUUAUAAUGACUGGUUUAAUAAUAUUAUACAUUUAAAACUACCAAUAGAACUAAAUUUUAAAUUAGAAAAUGGAUUAAUUUCUGAAAAAUUAUUAAAUAAGUAAGAAUAUCAAUUAAUCUUAAAUCAUAAUCGUAAAUUAAUUAGAAACUAUACAUCAGAGAAACAAACCUUGUUUCAAGAAAAAACAUCAAUAAUUUUUUUUUAAAUUCAAAUUAAAAAUUUUAGAAUAUUAAUCAAAUCUUUUUUAGUUGGAAUUUGAAUGGUUUACCUUGUGAUGAAUACUCUAUUCAAAAUGGUAUAUUAAUUACUCAAUCAAAUCGAUUUCCUCUCUGUAUUGAUCCACAUAAUCAAGGAUUUAAUUGGAUAAAAUAUCACGAAAAUAAUAAUUCAUUAAAAAUACUUUCAUUUGCUGAUUUUGAUUAUAGAAUACAUUUAAAAAGUGCUAUUCAAUACGGACAAUCUGUAUUAUUUAUUGAUUUUGAAAAUAUGGAUGUAGAUUUAAAAGAUCUACUAAAUCAAAGUAUACAAUGUAAGUAAAUAGAGUAAAAUAUUUAAAUUUAAUCUUAUAAAAUAUUUUUUGUUAUAGGUAAUUAUUAAAUCUUUUAUACAUUUUUGCAUAAAUAAUACAUACCUAUGUAUAUUUAUUUUUAGUGAGCUCAAUUAAUUCUGAAUAUAUUAAGGCAGAAGAUCAAACGUGUACUUACCAUGAGAACUUCAGAUUAUAUUUGAUUACUAAAGAAACGAAUCCAAUAAUUUCUACUUACAUCUGUUCCAAUAUGACUAUAAUAAAUUGUUCAAUCACACAACAAGCAAGUAUUCUGUAUAAUAAUGUAAAAUACUAUGUACCAUUUAUUUGUAUAAAUGUACAUACUAGCUCAAUUAUUAGUGUCUUUAUAUCCAAAUAUUCUAUUAGAUAUUUGAAAUGGGAAUUGUGCAACAGGCCAAACGAAAAAUACAUUUUAAUGAUAUAAUUAAGGUUAUGAGAAUUUGAGGAAUGAUCAUGCAAAUGUAUGAUAAUUCCGUGCUAAAAUAUAAUGGUUGAAACAUUUAUUUUAAAAAUUAAAAUAUUUCUAUUAUUGGGUGGGGUUCUACAUAAAUUGUCUUUUGUCUUUUGAUUGUUGUAUUUGUUAUACAUUUAACUAAUCAAUUUUGGUACCUACCUAUAAUUGUACUAUGUAUAUUGUAUAGUAUGGUACAAUUCUGAAUUUACAGAAUUUAAUGAUUAAUUAUCUUAUGCUUUAGGGGUUGGAAGAUCAAUUACUCAAUUUAUUGGUCGAACACGAACUCAAAGAACUCGAAGAUAAAAAAUUAUCAAUACUAGAAAAAAUAUAUCAAAAUAAGGAAACACUUAGAGAAUUAAAAUGUUCAUUAUUAAUAGAAAUCAUUAGUUGUACUACGCCAUUGAUUGAUAACACACAACUUUUGAGCAAAAUUGAAGAUAUAAAAUCAAAGAUCAAUUCAAAUACUGUAGAAUUACAAUUGUCUUUCGAUUCAAUGUCAAUGAUACACAAUUCUAGAAAUGUUUAUGGUUCCAUAUCAAAAAGAGGAGCUUUAUUUUAUAUGAUUCUCUACGGAUUCAAAACAAUCGAUCCAUUAUAUCAAUUUUCAAUUGACUUAUUUGUACAAUUGUUUUUAAAUUCAAUAAAUUCAUCCCAAAAAGAUAAAAUUGUAUUGAAUAGAAUAUCAAAUAUUAUCAAAACACUUACAAAUGAUGUUUUCGAAUUUAGUUGUAUCAGUAUAUAUGAAAAACACAAUUUAUUAUUUUUAUUCCAAAUAGCUUAUACAUUAGAUAAAGAUACUGGAAAACUAUUGGAUUCAGAAUUAUUAUUUUUCAUAAAAGGUAACACGGGUUUCAAGAAAAAUAACAUAGAAAAUCCGACAACGUGGUUACCAAACAAAUGUUGGCAAGAUAUUAUUUAUUUAACCACUAACUUUGAAAGUUUUUCAAGUUUGAUUGACCUUAUUUGUAAUAAUGUCGAGGAUUGGAAAAAGGUACACUUAAUUUUAUAUAUAUAUAAAUAUAUAUAAUUAAAUGAACACUGGAAGAGUAAAAAUAUUGAUAAUUUGGUUAAGUUUUGUAUUUUAUAAAAACCUAAUUGUAAUUAAUAACUAUGGGUUUUUAAAGGCGCUUACUGUUAGUUCACCAUUUAUAAACUAUAUAGGUUUACAAUUUACUAUAUACAGUUUAUUCGCAAUAUAACAAAUUUAAAAAGAUCAAGAAAAAAGUUCGUUACAUCGAGAUUUAAAAAAAAAUUCAGAAUUUAAAUCAACACACUACAAAUAUGUAUUUAUUAGAUACCAGCCAAUGUGUAUCUUAAACAUAGGAGAAAAAAAAGACGGGCAUACUUCGCACGUGGGUGCAGCCACUGUUGUAGGUGGGAAAGUAGGAUACAGAAGGGAAUUUAAUGUAUAUUUGUAACCAACGAUAAACCAUUGCUAUCGAAAAAUCGAUUCUGAGUGAAGUUCUGUUUAUAGUGAUGCUAUGUCAACAAUAUACGUCAUAAUAUCAUAAAAUAAUUAAAUAUAUAUUAAAUUUUUUCUUUAAUAAAAUUUGAUUAAUAUUGAUCCGAUUUCCCCGUUUUUCCUACGUUUUUCCAAUGUUUUUUUUCCGGUUUUUCACAUUUUCUAGAAAAACUGUUGGAAAAAUCGAAAAAUGACCUCCAUAAAGUAUCUUCUCGAUUAGAUUUCUUUCAAGCAAAGUUCUAUCAUUAUAAAUCGGAGCGAAAUUGCUGGUAGAAAAAUUAUUCACAGGAAUAAAGAAGGCCGUAAUAUUAUUAACUAAUACUUACAAUUCGUACAUUUUCAGGUUUUUUUUUCGGUUUUUCACAUUUGAUAAGAAAACUUCUGAGAAAAUCGAAAAAUGACCUUACUAAAGUAUCUCCCUAGUCUGAUUUCCUUUCAAAACACUUAAAACAGAGCAAAAUCUCUGGUAGAAAAGUUGUCCACAGGAAAAAUAAUAAAAAAGUAAACAUCUUUGUAAAACCAUAAGAUUCUUUGAUCCACUCGGAAUCUAAAAUUAAAAAUUUGUAAUAUCAAGCUCCAAAAUUGUAUACAUUCGUUACAUCGCGAAAGCUUUAGCCAAAAUAACUUCGUUAAAUCGAGGGGAAGAAAAUACAUUUAGUUUUUCGUUACAUCACGUGGUUUUCAAGGGACCGACAGUUUCUUGUAUCGAGUUUUUUGUGAUAUCGAGCUUCAUUAUCAUGCGAGUUGAAUGUAGUUUAUUUUUUAGCACAGUAAAAUUCUAAACUGUAAAUAUGACCAUGUCAGGAAUAUUUUACAUUUGUCACAAAUAAUUUUAUUUCAGUUAUUAUAUACGUAUUAUUAAAAUGUAUGUAUUAAAAUACUAUUUAAGUAUAUUUAAAUUUUAAAUGAUAACCCAACCCAAUAAUUAAAAUGUUGUUUACAUGUUACACAUAUAUAGGGAUGGUAAUUAGGUUAUAUACAAUUACAUAACAAUGACUAUUUAUUUUGAAUAAAAUAUUUAUACAGUUAAGUAUAACAUAUUACAACUUGUAACAAUAGGAACUAAAUAUGCAUUCAUUUUAUAAUUUGACUACCUACCUAUAUGAUGUUUUUUUUCUUUCUUUAUAGUGGUUUUAUUCUGAAUGUCCAGAAUCUACAGGCACUAUACCUAUAAAAUUAAAUAAAUAUUUUGAAGUAUUGAUGCUGAUAAGAUGUUUUAGGAUUGACCGAGUAUAUCAAGCUAUUGAUAAUUAUGUUUAUAAAAUACUGGGAGUAAAUAAUGACAGUUGCAUUAACAAAAAGCUUAUAAAGUAAAUCUUUUUGUUUAUUAUUUAAAGUUUUAAAAUCAUAACAUACCUAUUUUAAACUAUUAAGUUUAAAUGUUCUAAAUUAUUUAAAGUAGGUAUAUCUAGGUAUAUUAAAAAUGAAACCAAUUAAGUAAAAAUAAAUAUUAUGAAUUCUUCAUAACAUACAUAUGUAUUAAUAAUAAAUACCUAAUAUGUAUGCACUUAUUACUAAUAUAAGGUUAUAUUUGAAAAAAAAAUAUAUAGUUACUUAGUGUUUCCUAGAUUUGAUAGUUGGUUAUAAGUUGAUAAUUAAUUAGUUGUCAACUAAUACAAAAAUGAAAAAAAAAAAUCAAGUACUUAAAUUAAACUUAAAUAUAAAUUAUGAAGACAGUAAAUCAAAAUACGCAUAGAAACGGAUAGAAAUCAUUGCAUCAAUAUUCUGUUACUUGUUAAUCACUGUUUAACCUUACCUAACCUAAUCUAUGAUUAGAUUCUAUUUCGUAAAUAACUUUGUAAAUUGAAAAAAAUGUACGACAAUCAAUUGAGUAUUUUACCUUAGAGUCGUUUUGAUAUUAAAAGCAUAUUAAAUAUUUAUAGAAAUAACAUUACAAAUAAUAGAUAUAGGUAAUCUUUUAUAUUAGAUAUUUUAUCCACCUAAUAAUUGUCCACUCAUUAAACACCUUUUGAAUUCUAUCUUACAGUUUUUAACAAAAAAUUUAAUUUCUUUUGUAUUUUAAUAUUUAGCUUUGAAUUCAUACAUGAUACAUUUUCAAACUUGACUCCGUGUGUUCUUAUAUUGAAUAAAGGGUCAGAUCCAGCGAAAGAUCUGAAAUCUCUAGCCGAAAAAAAUGACAUAACAGGUCCAACAUAUAAAAUACUUUCAUUAGGAACUUGUGAUGAAAAUGUAUAAGUAUUAUUAUUCAAAAAUAAAUAUCUAUUUUAUUAUGUAUAUGAGUAUAAAACAGCAAUUUUACAAAUUGUUUAAAUAUGUUCAUUAGAUAAUUUAUUUAGCUUUAAAAUCAGCAAUGCACCGUGGAAAUUGGUUGAUCGUACAAAAUUGUAAUUUUUCUAUUCCUUUUUUGUGUGAAAUGGAACAUUUAUUAGAACAAGCAAAUAAAAGUUGGCAUCUAAAUUUUAGAUUAUGGCUUAUAUUUAAUGAUGAUUCAAUAUUAAAUAAAUCAUUUCCAAUCUCUCUAUUGCUCAGAUCGUUAAGAGGUAAAAUUAUAAUUGUUUUUAUUUUAUUUUUACGUAAAUUAAAUUAAUUCAAAACGAUGUUUUGUAAUAGUGAUCGUUGAACCUUCUAAUUGCAUGAAGAUAUGUAUGCAAGAUACUUUAAAAAAAUGUGAUGGAGUAACAAAUUCUCAUCCUUCUUUCAACUCCUUACUAUACACAUCAUUAUUUUUACAUGGAAUAUUAUUGGUAAUACAUUUAAAAAAACAUUUUCUUAGCUUUUAGUUGUAACAUUAAAAGUUGCAUUAUAUUUUAGGAACGUAAAAAGUACAAUAAAAUCGGUUGGAGUUUACCAUAUAAUUUUGAAUAUUCUGAUUAUGCUAUAUGCCAACAAAUAAUUAAUAUUUGUUUGAAAAAAAGUGAACAAUAUGAAAUACCUUGGAUAACUAUAAAAUAUCUAAUUGGUGAAAUUAUAUAUGGAGGAAAAAUAAUUGAUAACUAUGAUCGCCGAAUUCUCUUGACGUAUGUGGAAGAAUAUUUUGGUGACUUUAUUUAUAGUUCUCAUCAACAAUUCAAAUUUUACAACUGCAAAGAACACAAUAAAAUAAUAGAAUAUAUGGAAAUGGAAAAAAAGCUGCUUAGAAGUAACACACAGAGUACAGAUUUGAGUGGUGAGUUUUGUUCUUUGGAAAUUUUGAACUUAUUAACUAUGUGAUGAGCGAAAUAAUUUGAUAAUUUAUUUUUAAUGCUUGACUUUUAUUUAAUGAACUAACACCAAAUUUUAAUAUCCAAAUGAUAAUUAACAUAAUUAUUAUUUUUAGACAAAUUGUUUAGGAAAUUUUGAUUCACAUUUACUUUUACAUAGUUAUAAUUUUGAUUUAUACUUGGGAAAUAACAAUGUUAUACACAGUUUUGUAAAAAAUAUUUACAUAAAAAUGUAUUUUACGAUUAGGUACUCAAAAGUAUUUGAAUACAAACAUAAGUAUCUUUUUUUUUUUAAAUUAUAUAGUAUAUAAUAUUCAUGUUUUAUAGACAGUGUCGUAGACCCGUAGCCAGAGGGGAACUGGAGACACGUGUCCACCCCCCUGAAAUCUGUUUUUUUUUUCUUUUUUUUUGGUAAUUCUGUAGUGUAACUUACAUAAAUUCGCUGCAAUACAACGUUUUAUAUUAUUAAUUACUAUGUAUAAUAUAUGAAUCACUAGUUGCAGAAAGGGGACAUGUACAAUUUCUAACGAAAUUGAUUUAUUACUGGAAAUUAUAUGUAUAUCAAUUUCAUAUAAUAUUAUUAAAUCAAUAACUUGUAGUGUAAUGUACGCCAUACCUAGGCUAGGCUAUGACCUUGACAUAGGUAAUCAAAUAUAACAUAUUAGCAAUGACGUAAGUCAUAUAAUUAAUCCUAUAGUUUAAUACUUCAAUAAAAUAUUUAAAAAAUGAACCAAUAAUGUAAAAAUAUUAAUUUUGAUGACAAUUUUUUUUUGGAUUCGAUUUAGAAAUACCGAACAUGAUAUGGGUCUGAUAUAAUUUAGGAACAAUAAUAUAUAACUAAGUAUAAUACUUACUUCCAUUUUAUGAAUUUUUUUUUUUCAUUGUACAAUGUUUAUUAUGUUAUAGCAAAUCAUUUUUAAUAAUGUAUUUUAUUCCUUUAUCAUUACAGAAGCAAUCAAUACAAUUCCAUUAUAUAUUAAUCCGGAAGUUUGUGGACUAAACACAAAUGUACUGUUAGAAUACCACAGUUCUAUAGUUAACCUUUUAUGGACAGACAUGAUAAAAUUGUAUCCAAAUGUUGAAACUGUUCAAGAUAAAAUUAGCACUGAUUGGGAUGAAGUUGUACAAAAUACUACCGCGGACAUAUUAAAUACGUUGCCUGAACUAUAUAACAUAAAUAAAGUGAAAAUCUUUUAUGGAGAUAAAUGUUCUACUCCUAGUAUAAUAGUUUUACUUCGAGAACUCGAAAAAUUCAAUGCGUUAGUAGAAGUCAUGAAGAACACUCUGACACAACUCGCAGAGGUCGGUAUUUAUUCUAAAACUAUAGUAUAUUAGUAUCUACUCGUAGUUCAUACCUAUUUUUAUAUAUAUAUACUCUUAUAUUUGAAUACUAUUCCAUAAUUGCAGGUGUUUUUAGGAAAAGUAGAAAUGAAUUCAACGUUAGAAGAAGUUUCCACAUGCUUGUAUAUCAGAUGUGUUCCAGCGUGUUGGAUUAAAUGUUCACCACAGACUAUCAAAUCAUUGGCACGUUAUAUAAAACAUCUCACUAAGCGCACCACACAAUAUUCAAACUGGGUAAAUUAAUAUUACUAUUUACUGUGUGUACAUUGCAAUAAAUUAAAUUGUUGUUAACUUUUAAAAUUAAUCAUUUUAAAUUUGUAUGGAUUUCUAGAGUCAAAUCAGAGAACCUCUAGUCAUGUGGUUGUCAGGAUUGCACGCGCCUAAAUCAUACCUAACGUCUUUAAUACAAUCGGCGUGUAGAAAAUAUGGUUGGUCGAUAGAACACAGUAUGUUUUAUACAUCUGUUACUAGGUGGACUUGUGAAAGUGAAGUUCAACGAGAGCCAGACGCAGUAAGUAAAUUAUAUAAUACAUAAAAUUAGUUAAUCAAAUCUUAAUAUAAAACUUUAUUUUGAAAUGUAAUGUAUUAAACCAGUAGGUAAUAACUAAUAAGUAAUGUUAAGCCCUAACCUUAUCCAUUCUAUUUUCGUAGGAGAAUUGAUUAAGCUAAACAAAGAAAAAUAUAAGUUUUUUGUCAAAAUUUCAAAUCUCUAAAUAUAUUUUUAACCUAAUUACAAAAAAAAAAAAUAAAAUAAUGAAACCAUUAUAUCCGUAAUUUUCCCCGUUUUUAUCGGUUUUGCUCAAUUAUUAAGAAAACUACGUAGAAAAUCAAUCAACAUUCUUACUCACCAAUUAGAUCCAAAAUUCAACAAACAAGGUCUCUUGUCGUUUAUCGAUAUGGAGACAUAUUUAUGAUAAAAAAUAUAAAGUGUAAAAAUUAAAAACAAUGAAGUUGGCACCAUAAACAUUUCCUGUUUUUCCUAUAAUUACUUAUCAAGAUUUUCCCAAAACUCCCAAAAAAACAAAAAUUACCUCUUUAAUGCACCAAUUGGUUCCAAAAUGCAUUUAAAACGUCUCUUAUCAUUUUUUGAUGGAGCAAGUUUUCUGUUCAAAAAGUUUCUACAGAAAAGAAAAACAAACACAUUGUAAAACUAAUAGACUCCUCAUUCCACUCCAAAUGUAAAACAUAGAAUUAACCUAUGGUAGGUAUAUUUUAACCUAGAUUGAAUUAGUAUUACCUAUUUUUGAAUAGGUAAUAAUAGAAAUAUUUCUAUUUUAGACAAUAAAUAUUUUACUUAUUAAUUCCGCGUUUUUUUUCUUUUUAACGUGUCAUAACGUCUACAAUGAAUAUUUAUAAUUAAUAUUUUAUUGAUCAUUUUUUUUUUGUUCGUAUUUUAUCAAAUAUAUCGAUUAUCGAUUGGAUAAAAAUGUAAAAAAAAUCAUAGUAUAUUUAUUGUUCAUAGGUACCUACUUCUGUUUAUUAGUUCACGUUCAUUUAUUUUUAUUUUAGGGUUGUUACAUUACCGGAUUAUAUUUAGAAGGCGCGCAUUGGGAUAUGGACAAACAAUGUUUAACUGAAUGUAUAUCUCAUAGUAUGCUCGAAAAGCUGCCGAUUUUAGCUAUUAUUCCUGUUGAAACCCGCCUAUUAAAACUGCCCAAAAGUACAAUCACCAUACCGGUUUACGUAACAUCAAAACGGGGAAACUCGAUGGAUGAAAAUUGCGUGUUUGAAGCCAAUUUAAAUGUGUCAACACACAAUAGCUUUUGGAUACUACGAGGAGUUUGUGUUGUUAUGAAUUGUGAAUAAAUAAUUUUGUUCGUCUAUUCUUAAAAACAAUAUUGGUAAUUUAUAUUAUUCGAUCAUAAAUAACGAACUUUACAAUAUGAUAAGCAAGUAAG